CAACCGUUUGCCGGUCCACCGCGGUCAGUACCUGUCUCCUCCGGGUCUCCUGUCUGUGCGCGCGCGCGCGCGUGUAUUUUUUUUCCGCGAUAUUUACGUUAUUAGUUCGCGGGUUUUUCUGCUCGGACGGUACCACACGUAAUGCGAACAGUAUUAUUAUCGACGAAACGAUUUCUCCGGGGCGGGAAAAAAACCGAAAACGGCAAAGCGAUCGACGUCUGAAAUUAUAACGCCUAGGUACCUGCCUAUAGAAACGUUUACCGUUUUUUCGAGUGCGUGUUCGACUUGACCAUCUGUCGUGCAGAAAAUCAUGAAAAACCCGACGACGGCGACGAUUUAACGCGCCGCGCUCAUCACCAUGUACUCGGCACGAAAUCGGAACGCCAUGAUCACAGGUAACGCGGUCGUAUUAUUAUUUUCUUACCUAUUAUUGUAAAAACAUUACAGCCAAGUGUUGUCUUUUCCUUCUCUCUCCCUCUCUACCUGCACUCUAAUCUGCUAUAUUUGCUGCGCUAACCUCGAAACAAAUUUAAUAAUAAUAAUAACAAUGUAACACAAUAAAUACCGGGAUCCCGAGAGGAGGAGGUCGAGACCCCCUAACCGUCUCCCCACCUCCUCCCGCUUUCCCCUCAUCCGUAAUACGCAUUAUCGGCGUGACACUGUUCCGACGACCGGAUGGUGUAGGCAAAACCGGUGUUACAUAAACCGCGUGCCGACGCCGUUACACUUGCUUACCCAUAUACAUUAUAAUAUUAUUUAUUACGUUUUCUACACUUAAGGCGCGUUCCAUACUUACAAGUCGAAAAUAAUAUUAAAAGGUGCACAAUGGAACGCGGGUAGGCGGGCGGCGUGUGGGAUUCGCGUGUGUGGUUGGCACCGGGCGACCGGCCCGGCGCCUCUCUGUCGCCCGGUAAGUAUAACGAUAAUAUACCGCCACGGUCUCCCGCCACCGCCUCCCCGAGCGAACCCUCUCCAGUCCCCGGGACAGGGCACCGUCGCCCAGACUCGGAAAUCCAUAAACUGUACCGUUAUUUUAAAGUCGUCGGCCCCACUGCAAUAUGUAACAAUGCAUAUUUUGUUCGUUCGUCGUUUUAUCGUCGCGUGAAUUGCCGAACGAAAAGAGCAGCUUUCGAUAAACAAAUUUGGUUCUGCUGACAACGCUCCGGCUUUAGAAUAUGAUGACGAUGAUGAUGAUUAUCGUGAUAACUAUGGGAAUGUUAGUGGCCGAUUUUAAACAUAUUUUUUUGGAAGAGUCCUGAAAAAGUCAAAGGUAGAUCUGUUAAUAGACGCCUCUUUUUUAGAUUAAAUUGUAUUGAAAUUAUAUCGAUAUUAUGCCCCCUCCCCACCCUCCUCCGUUAAUCCGCCACUGAAGGCUGUGAAUUUAAUGCGUCAAAAACCUUUAGAAAACGCAUUUGAAUUCUCUAAAACUCCCAUUUAGGGGUUGGAAGACGAAACUACCGAAACGAACAUCUUUCCUACUCGUACAGUAAAUGUAUUAUACGCUGUUCACGGGAAUUUUGUUUCGAGUUUCAAAUCGCAUUUUGCCAAUUAAAUGAUUAGUUUAAGGUUUUGUUUUAGUGCAGUUCAUUCACGGCUCUAAUGAUUAUUUACGGUAUUAUUAUCAUUGUAAAUUGUACCUAUUAUAAUACGUAUUAUUGUUUAUCGAAAGACAAAAUAAAUUGUUCAAUUCAAACAAUUUUUAUAAUCACCUUCCCUCUAUCAUUUUUUUGUUAACAUCGGCUCUGCAUUCUUACAUAUUACACCCUCGGCCCUUGUCCGCCAGUUUACCGGCCGUCCGCGAUGAUUUAGGUCAUGUGGAUAAAAACCGACUGUCCGUUUUCCAUUAUCAUAAAUGUUUUUACAUUUUUUUUUCUCUUGUCUCUCCAUCCCACACAAUCGUACUGUACAGUGUGAUUUUUUCCAUCACGAUCCAGAGAUUAUUUACCGAGAUUUAUUUUGUGUAAAAUAUAUUUUGGAUAUUUUUUCAAUCAUAAGGCUAUUAAUGGAAUAUUUAAACAGUAUUCGAAAAAAAAAAAUCGUCCAAACAUUUUGAUAUGCACAUAACACUAUUAAUAGUAUUAUAUCAGAAUGGCCGUUUAUAUUAAAACCGCGGAGUAUUAUACGCACGUUGAAAUGUUUGGAAAACUAUAGGAGUAUAAUAUUCUCUUUUCGGAUCCGAUCAAUCCGGUCGUUAUAUUUUGAAAAUUAUAAGUCAAUAUAAGUAUCCGUGCUCAUGAACAACGUUCAAAAUAAUCCUUGAACAAUAUUUCGUAUAACACGGCCGAGAAUACCAGAAAUCAAAUCGAAAUACUGAAAUGCUCCGACAAAUCGGUUUGAUCCAAAAAAACAAAAAUCACCCUGUAUACCCGUAAAUAAUACUUAUAUACAACGGCGAUGGAAUGCCGUUUUCACUCUUGUUCGGUACGAUAAUAAUAUUAUUACAGGUACGAGCGCGAGUUAUCCGACUGGUCCAUCGAUAUAUUAUAAACCCAACGUGUCCCGUCGACGAUGCCACGCCGCCAACGGCAGGUGGUGUAUUAUUAAAAUAAUCCCGGCAUGAUGGAAUUGGUUCAGUUUACUAAUACAUGGAUAGGUAUAGUACGGCACAGCCGAAUUAUUUGGUGCCCGAUGCCCGUAUUUUACGUAGGUAAUGUAAGAAUUUCGCUUCUUUUCAAUUCGUGAAAAUUUCAAAACAAUAACUGCAUACAGUUCUCAAAGAAAAAAAAACAAAAACCAAACGCAAACUGAACUUUAUUUAGCUUGAAAAACAAAACACAAAUAAAAAUUAUACCCAUACUGAGUCAAGUGAAAAUUCAACAAAUUAUGAACAAAAAUCAAACUCGCACUAUUCACGAAAACCCGAAACGCUAUUAUCGCCUGUUGUAUAUUUUUAAUAUACACAUGUUUGGAAAAUGUUAACCAAAACAAUAAAAUCAAAAACUAUUGAUGGUUAGCGACACCGUUCGGGACACGACUUUCUUCUUAAAACUCCAACAAUUUAUUUGGAAAUAACACGAUUGUUUUAUCAAUAAUUUGAUUUUGUCGAAAAACCCAGUGUUUUUAUUUUAUUUUUGAAUUUUGUUGCCCCUGUAUAUAAUGCCGGCCUCACGUAAUACAUUAUAGUAUUUUAUACCGAAUUGAAUUUUGUUAGCGAAAAUGUAAAACUGUAAUGCGAUAAAACAAAAUUAAAAAAUUUCCUUAUUAGAAGGCGAUGAAUAUUUCAAUUUUUUUUAUACGGAGGGGACAAUUUUCUUUCGUUUUAUUGAUUUCUGAAAUGGUUUCUUUGGUAUCCAUUAUUGCGUUGCAUUGUGACAAAAAUUCAUUAGAAAUACUAUGUAUACCUGUUUGAUAUUGAGAAAAAACAUAACCGUAUACAUUAACCUAUUAUUUCUGAUACCGAGUGUAGCAAAGAUGCUAUUAGUUUUACUAAGAUGUGUGUAUUUUUUUCUCAGAUAAUCCUAUUUAGGUUGGUAUUUUGUUUUAUAGAAAUUCUUCGUUUUUUCAUGCCGUAUCUUAAAAGAUACCAAUAUUUUGUCAAAAAAUGACAAUAUAGUAUACAUAUAGGUACAUCGAUAUUAUUUUUGUUGAUUUCUGGGUUACCUUGACGAAAGAAACAAAACUAAUAAGUUUACCAGUUUAACGUCUUUCGUUCAGAAUCGUUUUUGAUUGAAAUUAUAAUUUACCGUUGCUUUCAGUAUAUAAAUUUAGUCUCCCAAUUUUCUGUAUCUUUCGAACCUUCCACUUUCUACGGUAAACUUUAUACGAAAUACGUCCAGAUUUUUAUUAGUGCUUAUAUAUUUGUAUCUACAUUAUAUACCUACACUAACGAGUGUUAUUUUAGAGUACUUUUAGUCGGUUAAUAUACUGGGCGAUAUUAUAGGUAAACUUACUUAAAACAUUUGCCUUACGUUGUUGGUCAGAACCGGAACUAAUUCGUUUACCUGUCGAAGUGUCGACCACCCAAGAACCAUUCGACAUAAUUAUAGGGAACCUGCAAUAGUUCCUCGUAGGCGUUAUGUUAUAUUUGGAAUGUAAAUUUAAUAGUCUACUUUGUAGAAAACCGAAUUUUUCGAGCCACACCCUCGAACAUGGUACCCAAAUGGAUUCGUCUCGGUGUAACUUAAUAUAGUAAAGGUCUCGUGACCGAACUGUCAUGUUGACCGGAGAGGAAGGUCUAAGGUGUAUGAGGGUGUUUAUAAGACUUGUUGAUGUCGGUAUUAUGUUCUCUUAAAUAUAUUUUAUCUUAAGACUUUUAGUGACGAGGUUUUCUAAAUUUUCAUCAGUUAUGUCAAAUUUGAAAAUUGUUUUCACAUUUUGAUGAUAAAACUUUUAACUCCUCGAUACCCAUUUAAGAGAAGGGGUACUUUCGUGUCAAUAAUAUGACGUUUUAGACCGAAAAUCAGACAAAACAGUGAUAAUUGUGUUCGAUGGAUUUCAAUAUUGAAGUCUUCUAUUAGAACCCGUCGGAAUUUUAAUUUUUAAUUUUCUACACCGUUAGUUAAAGACAAUUUACUUUAAGUAUGUUUCUAAAAUAAAAUCAUUUUUUUUUUUUUUUUUUUACACGAUAAAAUUUAUAUUUCCAACAUCUUAGUAAAAUGAAUGAUAAUCCGGUUUCAAACGGUCGUGUAAUAGAUUUUAUAAGCUCAAUCAUAUAAAAUUAUAUAAUGAUUAAUAGAAGGAAAUCCAAGUUUUUUUUUAAUGGCGUAAUCGACAACAAUACACAAAGUGAUUUUCAAAAUGUGAAUCUGUAAACGCAAUCGGUGUCGGUUGUCGUUGCGCCGGAGUAUCCGUGGACGAUACGUAAGCAGUCAGAAGAAACCGAGUGGUUGCGCAAAGGAAUGAGCACAACGCGACCUCGCCGGAUAAUUCGCAAGGAAUCACAGGGAAUAUUUUCGACGACGCAAUGUCCGACUGAAAAGUUGCUCGCGUGGCCAAGUGGAAGCCACACAGAACGUCUGUAGACGAUGCCAUUGUCUAAACUCCGACCGUCGAUUCCGCCGUUGAACGUAAUACGUAUAUAUAUAUUAUUGGGUAUUGUUACCCAUUGCCAAUCUAUAAGCAAAACGUAACGAUAUUCAAGCAUCCGGGAAUCGGACGAAUCGUUUCGAUUAACCAUCCAUAUGUAAUACAUUGUUGUGUAUAGUAUAUUAUCGGUACGUAUAUUAUUUACGCAUUUUGUGUGAUGCGACGGCGCACUCGCCUAUGACUAUUUCCGCGUUUUGCGCGGGUCGGCUCGUUAAAAUUUACGGACGGACCGCCGACGAUCGCGGAGCGAAUAAAAGUCGAACGGGCCGAACAAUGCGCGUCGUUACGGCCGCCGCCGACGACGCCGGGGACGGCAGCGAUCCGGUCGCGUCGUCGCACUUUCUGCCCGCGGUCCGUCUUUGACCGCGGCGGCGGCGCGUCCGGCCGUUUCCCGAAAUGGAACGGAUUUCGACGAGGGGGAAAAAAAAAAAAAACAAACCAACCAACAAAAUCGUAUUUUCACUUUUUAGAAACUGUCGUCGAUGUAGCCGCGCCGCUCUACAAUAAUAUUACCGUAAUACUCCCACGGUGGUCGUUAUCGCGCCGCGCCAACAUAAUUUGUACCUUGUGGUCGUGUGUGCCGGCAACCAUGCGUAGUGGUUACAACGCGCCGGUAGACCAGCAUAGACCGCGUAUAAUGCGCACGGCGUGCGUAUUUACCGAAACGUCGUCGUUGUGGUUUUUUUUUUUUUUUAUUAAACAUUUGUUUUUAUUCGUAUGUAUCAUACACCCAUCACCCGGCCGAUUACACAGUUAAACGGUACACGACCGAUUACGUUGUGAAUAGGUACUACGCCGCCGCGGUUCUCGAAACAAAAAAAAAAAACAAAAAAAUAAAAAAAUACCAGUCUCGAACAGGGGACGGAAGUAUCCGCGCUGUUUACACAGGCGCCUCUAUAUUAUAAUGCCUCGACUGUUAUUAUUACAGUUUAUAACCGUAAUUUAUAAAAUCAUUAUUUUCAACUGUCAAGGCAACGCGUAGUUUGUUAGGCACCUGACCCGUAUACAAUGUUGCAGUCGCGGUACAGCUACUCCUCCAAGGUAAUACUUUCUCGAUUUAUUGUAAACAUUUCGUUCCCUUGUGUCUCUUUUCGUAUACACCGCAUGGUGCGGCAUAUAUUAACCGUCACUCGAACGGCAACACGGAAUAUUUCAACCGGACGGGACUUGGAUUUAAAUGGGGUCGGUUAUGUUUUUUUUUUUUUUUUUUAGAAAGAUUUGAAUUUGGUAAGACCUUCAAAAAUUCCAAUGUUUUUCUUGAAACCGCCAUUUAAAAAAACAUGGUAUUCGAAUUGUUGUCUAAAAUGUAUUGUUUUUUUCUAAGCGACUGAUUAAUCUAUGCAUUUUUUUUUUCUUUUUCGAAAAUCACCCGAGUUAAAGACGACUGUAAAGUUGAUAAAAAAUAUAUAUAGUUUAACACAACAUUUUUAAACGUAUACUAACGUGUUACGUACGUGAUAAUCGUCACUUCAAAUUCGUUCCCAUAAAAAACAAUCAAAUUUCUUCACUUUUAUAACCACGCAUUUACAUUUUUAGAUUCGGUGCGUAGCGAGGGAUCUAUUGGUAUUAUUAUGAUGUUUGUGUACUUUUUUUUUUUCUGUCUGUGAACAACUUUUCUAUCAUAAGACUUGCUCCAAAUUAUAGACUACUGCACCUUUUCUGACAGGUAAUUUUCUCUAGUUGGUGAAUCUCCGUAAGAAAACUUUAGAUAAAACGGCAAAUAUUUACAGUGUGCCACGGCGUUACCGUUUUCAUUGUUCCUAUUAUUUUUACACGAUGUUUUAUACUAUAAAUAUUGCUUCAAUAAAUAAACGACAAAAGAUCUUUUUGUUGCAUUUUUAAUCUUUUUUAAGUCAAUUUUUAAAAUAUUUUGUUAAUUUGUACGCUAUUUGUUGUAUUUUAAUUUUGCGAGUAACAUAGUUUUUAUUUGAUAGAUACUAAUGUGAUUACCAUUGUUCUACAUAGGUAAACAAAAAUGUUUAAAAUUUGAUAAAGGUAAUAAUGUAUUAUACGAGUACACACGAUGGGUCAACGGGGACAAAUUUUGGAAAAUCAUUAAUAAUAGUUCACUAAAAAUAACUAAACUAACUGCGCCAUAGAACCGAUUGCAUCGCAGCACGUGACGUGCUGCAUGUCAUUGAUAAUUUUGUUUUUUUUAUUACUGUUAUCGUUAAAUGAUCAAUUUGUGUAGAAUUAUUUUGAUUAACUUUUUCCAGACCUUUUCUGUGAGUUAAUCGUGGAACAUCAGCGUUCCGCGAAACAAAGCUUGAGAAACGCUAUACAAUGUAAAGAAAACUGUGGUUUGAGCAAUUUUCGUUAUAGAAAAAAUUUUUAGUCAAAAUUGUUCGAAAAACAAAUACAAAUUGUACCCACUAUUCCCAGUUCAGAGUUAAACGUCGGGACUUUUCCCUUUGAAAAAAUGUAAAAUUUAUACGCGAUAACCAGAGGGGUUCAAAUUCUUUGCGCAAAAUAUUUUAGUGGUUUAGUGUUUUAGUAUAAAUCUUCCUAAAAAAAAAAAAACCUACUUUACAAUUCUAAUUCAUCGAGCUGAAAUAAUAAUAAUAAUAAUAAUAAUCUAUAUCUAUCAAUAGUCGUGUACAUUGUUAUAUAAUAUUAUUAUACUACUACUAUAAUAAACAUCAAUAGUGCGGACACGCAUACAGAAAUGCGAUAAAUUCGAAAACACUUGUUUUGAAAAAUAUAAUAUUUAAACCGUUUUAUGGUAGGCAAUGACGUAUAAUCGUGGCCUUGUGAUACUAUAUUAUUCAUAAAAAACAUAAAUAUAUGCAGCUUGCAGAUACGGACAACUCGAUUAUCGCCGGCAUGUUAAAGCGAUAUAGCAAUAAUAUAGUAAACGGUAAUCGCGAUGUUAUCUUCAGCAAUAUAAAAAUAUAUACUGUACAUAACUACAUUAUACACUUUGAAGGUAAACGUUUCAAAUGAUAAUAAUGCAAUAGUAUUAUUCCACGCGAACCGAUCGAAUCGCUUUUUAGGUUAGGUCGAAUUAUAACAUUAAGGGUAUAAUAUAUAGGUAGAUAGGUGUAGACACAUUAAUAUCCGGCGUGUGUUUUUAUUUCAUAGAUUGUGUUACAGUUAAAUACCACAGCGUAAAAAACCGAAAAAAUAAAUUUUAAAGCUAAACGCACGAAUUCUUCUUCUCUGACUAUCUAACGGACAACAGUAUAGCACAAAUGUGUUUUCGUAAUUCCAAUAACACUCAGACGAAACACGAGGAGCUAUACUAUAAAUGUCUAAUAUUUUAUUGAUAUUUUUUUUAUCCCAUUUUAUUACCAAGUCUUUUUAAAAAUAUUUCGAAAAAUUCGUACAAAACCGGUAGAUUAUGAUUAGACUGUUCUAUCUUCUGUAGACACUUAGUGCAGCUCCUCGUGUUUAUUGGCACCAUAACCGAGUUUAUACGACCGGCGAGUCCAGUGUACUGUUUUAUACAUUCAUGUUUCUUAGAUAUUAUAUAGACAGAAAUGAAAAAUUCACGUUUGACGUCCUAUUAAUAACAGCUUUCAAAAGAUUCGCUAUAUUUACAUAAUUCCCGAUAAGAAAAGGCUUCUGGACAAGUAAACCAAUGGUGCAGUACCGUAGCCAGAGGGUGGGCACUGGAUACAAGUGAUUCCUCUCCCCGAAAUUGAUUUUUAGAUUGGAUAUUUUUGUUGUUUUGGUGUAUUUUAUUACUUUAUCAACUUGUAGGUAUAAUACAAAUUAUUAUAGUGCUUUUUCCACCUUCCCCGACGCAUUUUUGUGGCUACGGUACUGAUAAAUGUUAAGUGUUUUUUGUGAUUUAGUAUUUUAGGCAUUCCAUAGGGUUAUAUUAAUAUGCUGGAUGUUUAAUAGUACUUGGCAAUUUUUGCAGUUGUUGGAUGGAAGAUCAUUUAUUGGUGAUCGGAUACGUGCGAGUUAAAGAGCAUGAGCAAAAAUGUUAAUAGUGUUACAAGACGAUUAUUUGAACGGUUUGAAUUCAAAUAAUGUAAUACAUGAAAAAUAGUCAAAUAGUUUUAGAUUUGUAUUAUACUUUUCCGUAGAGGCGGCGUGAUAAAUGAAAAAAAAAAUACUUUAUAAUUAUUGUUUUCUUUAUAAAGAAGAAUUUCUAUUAAAAUAAUAUUUCAUGUUCUCUCGAUAUUUCAUAGGGUAUAAAUGUAUAUAUGUAUAUUAUAUAAUAAAACAUCAAAAGUCAUUAAAACCAUUACUUAAAUAAUGUAUCCCCUUAUCGUUGGUUUUAUGUCAAAACCUUGAAUGCUUGUUAAAAUAAUAUAGUAGGUAGGUACAAUACUUUCAGUUCAAUAUAAUACUUCGUUCUUGAUCACGGUGAAUAAUGGUUAAAUAAAAAAAUACGCUCGAAAUUACUUCUUUUUCAUAUUAAUAUAUUUUUCACGUAAACGAUCUAUUUUUAUUUUAUAACAAAACCACUUUAUCAGAAUCAUUCGGGAGCGUUUUUAUUGUUAUUAUUUCUUUUUUUUUUUUAUAUAAAGGAACAUCAACUACAAUAUAAAAUAAUUUCCAUUUUUUUUUUACAAAUUUCCUUAAAUUUGAAUUGUUAAAUAUUUUACCUAAUAAUUAUAAAUCCAACAAUGUCGCCGAAAUAGAUGUGAUCGAAGUAACAAGAAAACGCUAUUCAUCUGUAGUCACUAUAAUAAUUACAUUGUAUGAUUUUGCAUAAUAUCAAAGAAAUAUUACGGCAUUAUAAAUUUUAAAAAAAAAUACUGAAAAAAUUGUAGACAUUAUUUUUGUUUAAUUAUUCUAUCGCAAUAACACACAUGAAACAGCUAUUAUACAAAAUAAAAAUACGUAUUACGCAUAUAUAGUCUUAUUUUUUCUUUUAGAUUCUGAAUCUAGCAAUGUAUUUUUUUAGCUAUUAAUAGGCAUUUAACAUUUUGGUGAUUUUUAGUUUUUUAUUUGGUAGGUAUUGUGUUGAGCAAAAUAAUAAAAUUGUUUGACUAAAUAGAUAUACUUGAAAACUUAACACGAGUUUCAUUACAAAAUAUACUUAGUGAUAAUAAAAAUUGGAAAAUUGAGUGUAAUUUACUAAUUUUCUUUAAUAAUUGUAAUGUAUAAAGAUUAAAUUUUGGCGAAAAUCGUUAAAAUUACAUUUCAAAGUAUGUACAUAUAUAACAGAACUUCGUUCAGAAUAGUUUUUCAUUAGCAGUGUUUGAUCUUUGCUUAAAGGUAUAAAUUAAAUAACUUUGUGUAUCCUAUACCUCAAUAGUCGAAUUUUUAAUACUAUAAUUUACCUAAAUUCAUAAAAUUAAAAUUCAGAAUAUAAAUUUCAGAUUAGUUGGUGGAUAAUAAUAUACGAGCAGAUAUGUACAAAACGAUUAAUUUUCAUGAUUUGUCUAUACAUAAUAUAUAUAUACACACACUCAUUAUACAUUAUUUCGUUAGACACAAGUCUUAUGAGUUAUAACCUUCACGAAAACCAUUCAUUUCUCGUAUUAGCUUUUUUCCAUUAUACAAAGACUAUGCAGUAAUAAGUCACGACUCAUAAAUAAUAAAAUGUGUUAAAAAAACGAUGGCUGUACAUUUUUUAACCUGCAGAUAAAUAUGCAGUUAACACCGCUGAGUACCGCCGUACUCAGUAUAGUGUAGUAUUAUUACCUACAGAAAUAUAUUUUGAAAAAUUCAGCGAGAACUUUUUUUUUCUUCUUACAUUCGUGACAAUUAAUAAUAAUAAUUUUGUAGCAUCAGACAUUUUUUUUUUUUACUAUACGACAUUACCAAAAAAAAUACCACUAUACAUAAUAUAUUGUUUAUUUGUAUAGGUACUCGUAUAUUAUCAUAAGCAAUAUUAAAUUUGUAUUGAUCUUUUAAAACACGGUAAACAUUUUUUUGUCUUUAGGGAAAGAGUAGGUAGGUUUAUACAUUUUUUUCAUAUUAAUGUAGUUUUCGUAUUUCAGACUUUACAAAAUAAACAGUUAUAAUUUUUUUGUGAAAUUGCGUGUAUUCUUUAUCGAAGUAUCUAUCUUGGAUUAGCCAUAAUACUGUUUUUAUAAUAAACCUCUCAUUUGUUGCAUGAUUGAACCUACAUUAUGACGAUAUUUCGGUGUUAUUUAUAUUGAUAUUUAGGUUAUCUUGGGAAAAUAAUACGAUUCAGUUCCACUCAGAAUACUUUUCCUAUUUUUCCACUUAUACUAAUGGCUUAGUGGCUUAUCAAUAAUGGUGUAGUAAAGUAUGUGCGCUAUUUUUUUUCUUCUUUUUUUUUUUCGGAAGAAAUUAUUAUAUUAUUUUGUUUACAUGACAAUCAGGGCAUUGAAUCUUUACGGUUCUUUCGGUUUAGUUCCGAUUCACUAAAAAAAAAAAAAUAAAUAAAUAAAAUCGCUUCCGGUUCUUAAAAUUACAGAAUUAAAAUUUAGGUUCUGGUACCGGUAAAUACCGGUAUUUAGAGGUAUAGGUAUAUAUUUUUUCAGUAAAAAGUAAAAAAAAAAUUCUAAUAUAAACACCAUAGGUGAGUUCAAUAUUUUGUUUUAAAAACAUCCAAAAAAAAUUUAAAAAAAAUAGGAUUGACUCGUGUUGUAAGAAGUGCAAGUCAGAGUUAGCGGCAGUGUUAUUCGAAUAUUUUUAAUGAUUAUUCGGAUAACAAUAAAAUUAACGUUAUUCAAUCGUACUAUUAUUUAAUCAACUAUUAUUUAUAUGUAUUAUUUAAAUAUAUUAAACUGUUAAAUAAAUUUGGAACCGACAAAUUUUAUUCCGACUAAUAACGGUUCUGGUUCCGGUUUAUGUUCUUAAGAAAAUCAAAAAAACGGUCCCGGUUCCAAUAUUUUCAAAAGAUUUAUAAAGGUUACAAUACCGGUAUUUUUAAUUUUAGUUUCAAGUUCUAACUAUAAUAAAUUAUUUAAAACUAUUUUUUAUUAAUCGUUUAAAUAUCUUAUCGCUAUCAUCGAUGUAUAAUGUUUUGACCGAUAUUACAAUUUAAUGAAACACUUGAUGUCUAAAUAUAUAUGUGAUAUAAUAUUAUGUUAUGUAAUAAAACUUUGAUGAUUUGCUCUCGUAAUUUAUUUAUUUUCAAUUAUAAAACUAUUAAUAUAAACAGUUUUUUUUUUUUUUUUUAUUCAGACGAACGUUUCAUGUUUAUGGCUGUGGCUAUUAUAUUUUGAUUGUACACAACGUCCUUAAUUUAUAUACUUACGUAAGUUUCGCUUAAGCCGCUUAAGGCCAUAUGCUGUUGUUGUUGUUACAAUUGAUGCGGUUAAAUAGAAUUUAAAACAAAAAACUCCAUUUUAUAUUCUUACGAAUUAAUUUUACUUGAUUUUCGUUUACUUCCGGUAAAUUUCAGUAUAAAAUAGUAUAAUAGGUAAUAAUAUAUUUUAAUUUAGUUUAGAUAGGUAAUAUGCAGUUUAGUACGAGGAGUAAGUACCUGUUUAUAAUAUGAGUAAUGAGUAUAAUGUAUAGAAUGUCCCACAAAGAUAUGCCUAUAUAUUUCGAGUGAUAAUAAAGAUAGUCAAGUUUGGUUUUUUUAUUUUUUUAAUUUUACAGAGUUUAUUCUUUUAAAAAAAUUUGAUUUUUCAAAUUUUUAUUUUCAUUAUAUUCGUGAUUUUUUAAAUUUCAGAAUAAUUUACCUAUAAUUUGAAGCAAGCUGUUAUCCCAUUCGCUAAUUAAUUAUUACUGUUAUGGUCAAGUUAUUAUAAAAAUUCAACAUUUUCAGAAUAAUUAGCUCUACAAAAUGGAUAUUUUGGUUAAUUUGAAAUUGAUUGAAGUUUGUCACACCGUUAUUUACUUAAAUAAUAUAAAGCUAAUAUCACUACCGGGUGUCAAGUGUUGUAGGUGGGAAGUUGAGAAAAAAAGAUACAUAAAGUUAUUUAAUUUAUAUCUCUUAACAACGAUAGACCAUCGUUAUUAAAGUACAAUUCUAAGCAAAGUUCAUUUAUACAUGAUUUUUAAGGCUAUAAUACUUGAAAUUUCUAUCAAAACUUGUUCUUAAAUUGAUUAUAAAAAAUACUAUAUUACACUCAACUUUUUUUUUUUCUUGCCACUAAAUAGAACGUAUAAAAUGAACCUCAUGUUAAAUUGUCAAGCCCUUCUGUUUGGUUAAACAAUUUUUUCCACAUAGUAACUACCUGUCCAAUAAAAACUAAGACACGGAAAGUCAAAUGACUAUGAAUACAAUUCAAAAAUUCUUCGGAAGACAUAGAAUUUAAAAUAAAAAAAGAAAAUAUUGUAAUGCGCACUAGAUUCAAAGCGUUGAAAGAGAUCUAUUACUUUUUACUACGUUGUGUGUUUUAUUAUUAUAUAUUGUUAGUAAUAAGUUCUGAUGUAUCUAGUGUAACACCAUUUUUCAGAGCCUAUUUAAUUGAUAUCUAAAUGUUAAUUUGCUGCUUUUCUAAAGGGUUUUCAUAAUAACUGCGAAAAACCGGGAAAAAUGGCAAUUAUUUAUGACACGUCGCCGCAGCGUUACUGAUUUCAUUGUGUUUAAUUUUUUCAACAUACAUAUGUUUUCUACCAAAUAUAUUACUAGAAAAAUAACAAAAGACUUUUUUGUUGAAUUUGUAAUCUAGUUGGUAAUCAAGUGAGUAUUUUUUAUUUAUUUUCCCUAUAGUUUUUUUAAUAAUUUAGCAAAACCAAAAAGAACAUAGAAAAAACGGAAAAAUGUAUGCUUUAUUUAUUAUUUUCAAUUUUAUUUUUUUGUUAUUAUUCACUUAACAAUUUUGAAAACUUUUAUUUGGUUUUACUGGACGUAGUACAAUUUCAAAAUAUUGUGGUGAUUAUUGAGCUUUUUAUAGACAUUUUAAUUUUACGAAUUUGUUUACAUAAUUUAUGUUCAAUAAAUAUUCUGUGAAUAAACUUGUUAGACCAAACAAAAAUGCAUUAUAGGUCGUAUUUUGUUUUGAAAAAAAAAAAAAAACUGAUACUUGAGAUGGGAGCUAUCACUGUUGUAGGUGAGAACUUGGGAAGGUAAGAUACAUAAAACUUUUUCAUUUAUAUCUGUAAGCAACGAUAAACCAUUGCUUGAUGAAAAACGAUUCCGAGCGUAGUUCGGUAAUAUAUAGUUUGAAGUGCCGUAAUUUUGUAUGCGAUUUUCGUUUAAAUUUGAUUAAAAAAAAAAAAAGUUGUUCGAUGAUUUUGGAAAUUUAAACUACGUCUAGGUAACUCCAAUAUAAGUAUUAGUACCAAGUUUCAAAUCUCUACGUGUAUUUGUAACCGAAUUACAGCAAAAACUCCCAAAAAUUAAUAUCCCUAUGAGCUCAAUAGUGGCUCAAAAAUGGCUCAAAAGUUUUGGCAAUAAUACCGUAAGAAAAUAAAUAAAAAAAUUAACUUACAAUAUUGCAAUAUUAAAAACGAUCAAGCUUGACUACUCGAUCAAUGCAGGUACAAGUUAAUUGCAUUUUAAACUAACCGGUUGAUCUUGUAAAACAUAGUAUUAAAAAAAAUUAUAAUAAUAGUAUUAAUCUACAAUUCAUUAAUUCAUUAUUAAACACGUACAAUAUUUAUUGAAUUAAAAAUCAAUUUCUUAUUAUUUCCACUAAAUAAUGUGAUGUUGUUAUUAUUAUUAUUUUAUUACGUCGAAGUAAUUUAAACAUGGUUAAUAAACAAGUUAUACAAGAAAACCAGUGUUAAUAAUACAUGCAUAUGAAGGUAAACCAAUAUACAAAGAAAGACAAAUAAAACUAAAUAUUCUACAUAGUAUUUAUGUGAUAAAUUAAAUGAUAAGAAAUUAAUGUAUAGAAAAAUGAUGUAAACCUGUAAACAAAUACAAUAUUCAUUAUAAUUUACUUAUUUUAUUAUGAUAAAUUAUUAAAAUAUAUGUAUUGAUUAAAUAAUAUUGGUCAACCUCAUCCGAAAAUUAAAGUGUUAUUCGCAGCUCUAUCUUAUCCACAUUCAUUUUUUACUUUUAGUAAUUGUUUGGAUCAGAGCUAAUAAGCUAUAAUGCAUUAAAAUUGUGAAGCAUAAGGUAUAGAUGGUCAUUUUUGCCAUAAAAAGGACAAAAUUAAUUUUAUAUCGGCGGUAAUAUAGUGGUCAGAAAGCGUUUGAAUACCAAGAGACGGUUAAUCUUUAAAAUAAAGGCUGCAUAUGAAAGGAACCUAUUCUGAUACAUUUCUGUACGGGAUUGGUCCAUCCUUUAAUAAGGGUGCCAAACUACUAGACACAUAUGCAGGGGAGUGUUUUGUGUGUUUGAACAUUCCUCGAAAUGUUUAGAUUUUUGUAUGGUUAUUUAAUUAUUUUAUUUUAUUAUUAUUUUAUUAUUAUAUUAUUGUUCUAAUUUUCAACCCCCCCCCCCAACCGUUUUUAUUUGUAUAUCCUUCUAAGUUCUAUUCCAAUUUAUAUAAUGACAGACUAGCGCAAAAUGUAGAAAAUGUAGAUAGUGGGCCGAAAACACAUUCGUUAUGAUAACGUAUACAAUCGUCUGCAUCUACAUAUUUUAAAUGUGUUAAAAGAAAUUCUUGGAAUUCAUUUGCAUACCCUUGUAUCCCGCAAAUGAUGCCACUGAUUUUCACGAAGUUGAACUUUUAAGAUCACGAUAAUAGGCGUGCACAGACUUAAAGUUCGGGCGUACCCGUGAACAAAUUGACUUAUGUACACAGAAUAUAAUUAUUAUAAAAUAAAGUUUAAAUAAUUAGUCGAACAUAUUAUUUAUAAAUUAUAGCAGGCACUAUAGUCACCUACUCAGAUCUGUAUAUUAUAAUAAUACCUAGUAUAAGUCUUAUAUAUUUAUUAGGCCAAUUGCAUGAAACCUUCAACGAAAAACGAUUAAAAAAACCGAGAAAUAUCUGAAAGGAACAUUUUAAGAUAAUUAUUUGGCCCCAAAUAGAAGAAGAAAAUCACCGAAUAUAUAGAUCCAAUUUGAAGAUGAUUUGAAUAGAUUGGAUAACCAACCAGAUAUAUUAAAAAAUAAUAAAAAGUAAAAGAAUUGGAUUUACAGGACAUAUAUGGCACACAGAAGGGAACAUUUUAAAUAAACUAAUUUAAUGGGUCCCAAAUAGGAAGAGACUCUUUGGAAAAGUGAAACACCGAUGGCGUAAAUAUGUACAUCAUGAUCAGAAUACAAAAGAAAUAUUUAAAGACAGACAGAGAACGAUGGAAAGCUGUGGUAGUUAUAACAAGGAGCAUAAAUGACCUGCCUGUAUUAAGCCUAAGAAAAAAAUAAUAAGACGUCUUAGGAUAAUGGAGAUGGACGCAGCCACUGUUAUAGGUAAUUUAAUGUAUACCUGUAACUAACGAUAUAAACCAUUGCUUACGAAAAAUGAUAUUGAGCGGAGUUCAGUGGAUAGUGAUGCUUUGUCAACAAUAUAUAUGCCAUAUUAUAGUAGAAUAAUUAAAUAGGCUCUAUAUAUUAUUUUCUUUAACAAUAUUUGUAUAAUUUUCCCAGUUUUUCGCAUUUCUAAGGUCUCCUCACACAGAUUCUGUUUCAGAAAAUUUGCUACACGUAAAAGUCGGAGCAAGUUUUCUGGUAUAGAAAAAUUGUCUACAGAAAAUAAAGAACGUCUUUGUAAAACCAUAAGGUUCUUCGCUUCACUCAGAAUCUAAAAUGUAUUCAAUUAUUUAUAGUUAAUAUUCAAUAACGAUAGUAGUGUACCUUUAAUAUUAUAUUUUAUAAAUUAUAAUCAAAAAUAAAAUUAAUAUUAAAUUUUAUUCAAACAAUUAUUGUAAAAUUAAAUUAAAACUACAAUAUUAUAUAAUUUUUAAUACACAUAAUAUUAUUCGGUUAUUUAAUUGUUCUUAAUUGACUUAUUAUUAAAUCUUAAAUUUUAAGUAAAACAUUUUAAACACAAAUCCAAAUAGUGUAUUAAUUUUAUCCAAGGAACAGUAUUUUAGUUUUGUUUUUAAGAUUAAUAUAAUAAUAUAAUAUUUAAUAAUUAUUAAAUAUUAUAUUACUCGUAAAAAUUAAAGAUUACUUAAUACUUUUAUAAAUUAUAUAGUUAUAACUUUCAAUUUAUAAAAUAUAAAAACUGUGCAUAUGGUUACAACUAAUAAAUAAAUACAAGAUAGGUAACUGGUAUUAGUAUUUUAAACAAUUCACAAUGUAUAAUUUUAUUUUACAACUUAGGUACCUAUAGUUGGGUACUUAUUCUUAAUUUCCAGGUAGUACACAGACACGCCCCGUGCUCACGCCUAUGACUGCGAUAGUAUAAGUUGUAUUGUCAACUUAAAUAAAAAAUUAUGUAUCGUAGAUACUAAUAAUUGUAUUCAAAGAUAACAAUAUUAUUAUCUUCGUUUCGCUAGCACUGCCACUUUCGAGUUUCAAUAUUAGUACUUUGAUAGUAACAUGUUCUUUUUUGUUACUUAGUUGUACAAAAAAAAGUACACAAAACUGUAUCGACGAAAAUUACAGUACAUCAAUGUUAGUUGGUAAUGUAUGUGCCGGAGAAGCGUUUCCCUGGUAUGCGUUUAGAACAACCGCGUUUUCUCGUGUUUGGAGUGUCGUACAAUUUUUUUUUUUAUUACUGAAUCGUUCAACUAUAUAGUUUUUAUAAAUUAAGAAAAACUAAAAACGAAUAAAUUUAUGAUAAUAUUGAUAUUUCGUUAAUUUUACGAAACAUGGUUCCCACCAGAAAUUUGCUCGUUUACCCACUGAUAUACCCAUCAAAUCGAAUUUAUUGCAGCGGGGCAGUGACCGCGAUACUCGGGUAUACGUUUAAAACCGCCUCCGCAAACAAUAAUGAAAAAAAAAAAAAAAUGAAGGUAAGCGUGAAACUAAAGCUUACCUAAUACCUAAUUUAAAAUAUUUGAAUACACAUGAAGAAUGGGUGCAGUAUAAUAUAUUAUAUCUAUUAACUACACAAUCAUAUAAUCUACUCAUUGUAGGAGACAAUAAAAAAAACAAAAAACAAAACGUGUAAAAUGACACUUGAAAACAAUGUUACUUGUCAAAAUGGAUAACAAUAAUUUUCAAUCGAGACGAUUAUAUUUUUAGUUUUUUAGCUCCCCUUGUAUAGUAUUAUAAAUUAUAAUAAUGCGCUCAUGUGAAUCUCACGUUAACCUACUAUUGUUUUAUCAAUGUAUACUGUAUUUUUAAAUUAUUGGGACAUGUAAACUAUAUUAUAGACUAUAUAAUUUAUGUAGACUUUAUUAAAUCAUCGGAACGUAACACGUAUUAUAAGUGUAUAAUAUUAUUAAUGGUGAGUUUCGGCAUAAAUCCAUAUCGUGUAUCGGCAGAUAUUGAAGAUAUUGAAAUGAAGGGCUAUAAUUUGUUGGAAAGUAUUUUGUCGGAAAAAUAUUAAGUCAGAAAGUUUUUUUUCGGAAAAAUAAUUCGUCGGAACCGUAUUUUUUUGGAAAAUGUUUGGAUUUCAAAUAUUGGAUUGGUUAUCCGUUUUAUAUCGGUAGCAAAUAAUUGAUUAUCAGGUAUCGGAAAAAAGUUAUUUCGGCUAUAGGUUUACUGCUAAUUAUUACUUUGAGGUUAAUAGAUUUAAAGUGGAUUUAUAACAAAUAUUAAUGUAUCUAAAAUAAUAGUAGAUACUAUUAGGUUAUAGGUGAUAAAUUUCCUAGAUUAUUAACGGUUUUGUGAAAUAUUGCAGUUAAAGUAUUUAAAUAGAACACUUUUUAAUAUUUGAAUACAUUUACAAAUUUAAAAAUUGUUUUGAAUUAAAGCGCGCGUCACAUUAAAUUGUGUUGGAAAUUAAAUGACCAUGUGUUAUAACACAUGGUCAUAUAUUAUUAUAAUAAUAUAUUAUUUUGCUGACCUAGAAACUUUUCCAUAGGAUAAAAUGCUCGUCGAAUAAUAAUUGUAUAUUGGUUUUAUUGAUCGUAUAUAAAUGUAUCGUAUAGUACUUACUUCAGAAAAGGUAUUCUUAUAAUAUUCAACUAGUUUGUAAAAAAAAAAAAACAUCGAUGAAUCAGUGAAGUUUUUUGUCUUUUUAAAAUUGAUUUUGGUUACUUCGUUUCGAUUCAGAAAAUAACAUGUUUAUAGAUAGCGACGUUUGAGACUGCGUUUGUAUUAAACAUAUUUUCAAUAUAUUGCAAUUUGAAUUUCGGUGAAAAAUAUAAAAUGUUAUAUUUAAAAAUGUCAAAUAGUCCAGUUACACGCUGUAUAUACGUUUGACACGGCCCCAAUUAUUCAAAUAUUCAAUUUAUCGAUAUACCCACUCUUGCAACAAAAAAAAAAAAAACCGAAAGAAAAAUAUUUAUUAUUCGAGUAUUUGUCAGUUCAGCAGGACACAUAUUGGUAUGUUUUAUGCAAGACAACAGAGACAAAAAGAAAAUAAUUUUAUUUUAUACGCAUUUAAAACAAGUGUAGGACGUCGGGCGUAGGUAUACACAAUUAUUAAUUGCAUAUUAUUAUAUUUUAUAUACCAUUGGUAUAUAAAAAGAUUAUUUUCUUCAGAAAAACAUUCUUUUCGAUCCAUUUCUGUUUUAUCGUACCCAUUUCGCCGAGAACCGAACAAUAAAGCUGAGGAUAUUGCAAUGCUUAAUAUAUUUAUUGUAAUUAUUCUGGAGUUGCAACUCCAGUACGCAACUUGAUUUUGAAUACAUGAUAUAUUGAACUUUUAUUAUAUAUAACGGCAUGUGCCUUUACUGAUCAAAUAUCAUAUCUCUUUUAUACAUAAGGGGAACUUGACACCCACGCAUGUGCUGUCUUACAAACGUAGGUAUACGAAACAGCAGAUUUGUUUUAAACAAAUUCAAUGUUACAUGUGUUAUAUUAGUUUUUAAUAUUAAAGCGGAUUGAUAUUAUUAUAAAACUUGAAUCUAAGAUUCUGUGCAAUGUUGGUACUGUUUUUUCUAUGUUUUAAUUUUCCCACAAGAUAUAGGUAAGCACUAUUGUAUUUUAAUGUUUCACGUGGGUACUCAAUUAUGUUUUUAUCUUUAAGUUAAUUAACUCUCAUAUUAAUGUCGUUUCUGUUGAAUGUAAACUUGCUGUUGUACGUUUAUAAGAUGGAGACAACGUACGCGGAUAUCUUACCAUUUCAAUAUUAUAUAAUAUCGGCAAUAAUAUUAAGUAGGUACCACAGCUACGGGAAUAUUAUUUUCAAAUUUAUUAGUCCAAACGAAUAUACCCAACGCACGGAGAGUGAAAAACUGUACCGUUCUCAUAUUAUACACUUUACGCGUCUUGAAUCUAAGAAUAUCCCAACUAGGUAUAACUGCAUAUUAUGGUUUAAUAUUACAAAUUUGCUUUCUCGUUAUAAUAUUACUCUACAAACGCCCUUGAUUAUAGACGACCUUAAAUAACACUACCUAAUUUAGAUCCAUUAAAAGCGAAUAGGUAGAUAUAGGUACUCCGAAUUGUAUGAAUAAAAGCGUUCCUACCUAUAUACACUCAACCGCGUAACGACCGUCACGAAUACUUAUUUGUAGAGUUCCAUAUGUUCCAUUGAUCAAUAAAAUAGUAAUAAACUACGACUCUACACGUAUAGGUAUACGAGUAUAUUAUAUUAUGAUAGAAACUACGAAUAAAUUCCUUGAGUAUAUUAUGUAGGUGUUAUCACCUAACGGUCUUGUUUCAAUAAGUGAUUAAGUAUUUACAACUUACGAAUACGUCCAAUGAAAUUAAUUUAUUAGUGUAUUGUUGUUUUUAGUAAAAUAUACGUUCUAAUUUUGUUACACGGAAUACAAAUAUUAAAGUAAUAUUCUAAAACGAAUUUUGGAUAUUAGGUGAAACCUCAGAAUUUACUAUGGUAUAUUUAGGUACAUGAAUUUCCAUUUUUCUGUGUUUCUUUUUAUUUUGUUGUUUAAGUAAUUUUCUUUUUUUUUAAACUUUUAAAUUGCUUUUUGGUGUUUCAAUAUUGAUACAAAUGUAAUAAAUAUUAGUGUUUUUUUAUUUUUAUUUUUUUUUUAGAAUUUACACGUCUUUAUUACUUUAUCUAAGAUGCUUUUUAUAAUGAUUUAUUAAGCUAUAACAUCUGAAAUUAAAUUGUUAUUCUACUACACGCUAUUUAUUUAAACUUAAUUAAUUCGCUUUUGUAUUUGUAUAACUAAAUGAAUAACAUAGUGUGUCUGGUUUUUCGCCACGUUCAAUAGUCAUUGCGCUCAAUUGCACCGAGCGCAAUAAUCGUCGGGUUCAAUUACUGAGACACAAUAUUAUUCAUUAAGAUAAUAUCCGACACUUUUUGACGAGUGUUCAGUGAAUCACUUAAUAUUUAAACAGUUUAUUCAAGGUUUACAUAGUACGUUUUCGACCAAAAUAGUAUCUGCAAAUAUUUAGUCAUUGAAACGUAUUUAUUACUAAUUAUUACAAUUAUUAUAGACAUAAUGAACGAACCGAAUUCGCUCACAAAUAACAAACAUCUUAAAUCCAUGUUAUCGCGUCUCGUUUUAUAAAAAUGUUUCUAUUGGACCGAGAGUUUAAUCAUCCAUCUGACGAUGGCUUUUGAAAUCAAAACUGGUCAAACACGACUAAAUACUGAAUAUUCCAUUACAUCACUGUUAUGAAUUCAGUUUCGAAACUUUCAUUUUGAAUUUUUAGUUUUUUCCCCGGGUUAAUAAUAAUAAAAAUACGUUGUUUUUACAAUGUUUACAUUUUUUUAAAGUUUUAAUUGUAACAUUGAAUUUCGUUUGCCAAAAUUAGUCUGAAAUCCUCCGAACAUCAGGAGAAAAGUUAUAACUCAAUUAGUAAGCUAAGUAUUAACGUUCCUCUUUAAAAUACGCUUCUUCGAUUUACUUUUGUGUUUUUCCUUAUAUUAAUAUAUUUUCAUGUUUUUUAUCACUUUUGUGGUCUGUGUAAUUAUACAUUUUUAAUUCGAAAACAAAAUAUACAUAUUGAAUACUUACAUACUUAUUGAAUUCAUCGAAUUUCACUACUUUUCUUGUGUUGUUUUUAUUUUUUUGUGAGAGAAGAAAAUUGUAUACGUGGUUUUUCAUGGGUUUUUAAUACCUACUAUUCUAGUCGUUGCAUGCAUUAUAGGUUUCGUAAUAUACAAUUUAUUUAACAAUAUUAUUGAAUAGCAUUGUUUACCCGGUCAUAUAAAUGUAUAACGUUAUAAAAGAAUUUGACGACGACUCUCAAAGACCAGUUUUCCGCUAUGGUGCCUAUAUUACAGAAGAUGCAUUCCGUGUGUCUUAUAUUCUGGCGUCCAUCCGUUUCGAUGUCGAAGUGACCGGCAAUCCGUGACCAUUAUUAUUAUUGUUGUUACUCUCCAUCACUCUCUCUCUCUCUCACUCACUCACUCUUUUGCCGAGUCAUCAAUCGGUGGCGUUCGUACUCUCUUUUUUUUUUUUCAACCGGUUUUAAUUGUUUUUGCCCCUACGUACAGACGAUACUUUUCAAAUACAAGACUGGCUGCGGUCAAACGGUACCAACCAUCAUGACCGAGGUUCGUACCCGGAGUUUGAUUACCACCGUAGGAUCCGCCCUCUUUCGCCUGUUAAGGGGCACCACCGCGUCUCGUCCACCGCCACCGCCGCCGCCGCUGCUGCCGCGGACGGAAGAGGACCGGAUCGCCGAAGACAACUCAAGUCAAUGGAAUCGCUGUUGGGACUGAGUGACGAAAAUAUUAACGGGAAACACGGAAUUUUGGUAAGUGUGAAGUAAAAUGUAUUAUUAUAACACAAUAUAUUACAAUAUACGGGAAGUACCAAACGAACAAAAAAAAAUGCUUUAUAUAUUUUUUAAAUGUUGUAUUUGUUUAAAAAACGGUUUACAAAAUUAUAAUCUUGGUUUUUUUACUUUUUAUACUAAGAAGUAGGUAAUUUGAAGCAAUCAUUCAAAAAUAAAACUCAUUUUUAAAUUUAACCGUGAAAACUAAAAUGUUACUUUGAUUAAGUACCUACUAUAAAUUGUAUUGGUUUUAAAACAAUUGUUUGAUUAGGCAAUCACAAUUUAUUAUUAAUAACUAUGGGUUCGGAAGUUAUAGGAUGCAUAUCUGAAAAAGUAUGCACACGAUAAAUCAAAAACUUACGUCCAAAUCUAUAAAAUAUGAAAGUAUUAAAUUCGAAUAUACACAAAAAAAACAUAGUAAUAAUGCAAAACAAAUAAAAAAUAUGGAAAAAAGAACUAUUUGAUUUCGGCACUAAUUUUUAUUUUGACACUACAAUGAACUGACAAAAAAGUUUUAAAAAAAAUAUAUUUUAUUUAUUUAUCAGAUGAAAUAAAUGCACGAUGGCAAAUAAUACGUAUAAUACAAAAAUAACAUAAAAAUUAGUAUUGACUUUUAUAUCCAAUAUUAAUUACAUUGCGUAGAUUAAAAAAAAAAAACCAACUUAAUUUUGUUUUCGUAAUAUAUUACACAAUAUGUGUAGUAUGCGUAUGAAAAUCAAAUGAAAAUCGAUGAAUUUUGCACUUUUUCUCUAAAAUUGACGAAAUAUGCAAAAUAUUAAUUUUGAAUAUUCGAUUUUAAACUUUCUAUUCACUAUAUAGCAUAUAACGGGUUUCAAGGUCGGUUUGUUAUAAAUGAGGAUGAUACUAAAAAAUAUAAAACUCCUAUAGAUUCUGAACUCACAUAAUUAUUUAAUAUUAAAACUAAAAUCAUUAGUUGAAAAUAUUUUUUAUGUACCGUGUUUAAAGUCAAAACAGCCAACCUUGCGAAAAAUGUUAUUAUUCGUAUAAUCUUUUCAUAAAAAAAAAAUAAAUAAAAAUCGGUAGGUUUACAUUAUAUUACGGUGUGUACGAUACACUAUACAUAAAAUAUGGUAGAAGUGAAUUAAAAAAAAUUAAAUACUUCUACACAAUAUGUAACGAAAGUACAAUGCAAUAAUAAUAAAAGGACGAUUUUUGCACGUCAACGUGGCCAUAAUACAGUUGGCUGAGUCACGGGGUCGAUUUCUGUUCAAAAUAUAUUAUGUAAAAGAAAAUACAAAACAAAUUAAAAGCAAAUUCAAAAAUAAAGUAUAUAUAAUAUUAUGUCAAGACGAUUUACUGAUGGAGUAGUCGUUUUUAGUUUAGUUGUUGAUAGAUAUGUACCUAACAAAAACGUAUUAAAAGUUAUACAAAUCGAGAGAAAUGUAAUGUUGUUAAUAUACAUAAUUUUUUACAUCUAAAGUUUUUUAUGCAAUAUUAAAACAAUUCUUUUUAAUAAUGAUGUAUAAAAUUAAAUAAUUAGUAAGUUUAAAUGAAAUAAUUUCGUUUUAUGAUUGCAUAAUUAUAAUAAUAUUAGGUACACCUACCUACGUUGUUUGGCAGUGGUUAGGUAUUUCAAAUUAUAGAAUAUGUUUGUUUGAACAUUUGUCGUGAACGCAAUGUGAUUAGACACCCCCAGUUAUUUUCACUAUCGACGUACUGAAAAAAUUGUAUUAUCACUAUUGGAGAUGAGAAGACAUUCACAUGACCAGUGGCGAAUUUUCUACUUUUUCCGGGCGGUCCAUUGUUUAUAACAGUUACGUGCCUCCGCACUUUUUGAUGAGGUUAUAUUAUUAAAAAUAUUUUUAAAUAUUCCAGUUAUCUGAUCGCCUAACCAUAUGAUAUAAACUAUCAAUAAUUAAUAGUAUUAAUAAUAGUUUUUCUGUGUCGUCUUUAUCAUAAAGGUGCCUUAUACCUUUACAGCGGUUAAUAUUUAACCGCAGCUUGGAAAUCGAAUAGCACGACUCCACUAUAAUAUUAUGUAUGAUUUCUAUAAUUAUUACAUAACUAUGCUACAGGAACAUUAAUCCGAUUUUAUCAGAAUUCUACUUAGUUUGUCUUGGAUCGACUAAUACUGCGGUUCUCGUUCACGAUUACAUGGACGUAGUUAUUUCAAUGGUUUCUUUUUUAUAAAUAUAUAAAAUAUAUAUUUGGUGAAUGCAAAUUUUGUAGUUUGGUAUAGGUGAUUGGUCUAAUAAGAAAAAAAUACAAAUACAAAUCGCCGGAAUGUUCCGAGUCGGUUUUGUCUACAUUAUACACGAAACGGAUACGCGCGUGUUUAUCUGCUAUCAUUUCGGGUUGUAAUAUUCUAAUAGUAUGGGAUUUAUCAAGUUUUCGUGGUCAAUAUUUAAUUUGUUUUUUUAAAUUUAUAUAAUUUAUAUACACUUUGCAAUGUAGUUUUAACGAAUAAAUAUCGUCUUGUUAUAUUAGAUUCAUUGUAUUCGAUUAGUUUCAACAAUACGGUAAGUAUUAACAAUAAAAUACAUCCCAACAUAGUAAUUAUGUCAAUUUAAUUUAAUCAUUAAUCUAAAUAUAAUAUAUCAGCCAUUAACAUUGUAGUAAAUUAUUGUUUUUUUAAUUAUAAUCAAUAUAGCUUAAUUGGAUAAAACGUUUUAAGAGAAUUAAGGCCACGUUAAAAUAACCUAAAAAUUGGUACAUAUUUGAAUUAAUUAAUUAGUAUGAAAGUCACCAGGGGCGUAGGUAAUCAAGUGUAGGCUUUUCUAAAAGUAAGUGAAACGUGGGAUCAGGAUAAAAACGAGUUAGUUUUGGUAAAUUUAACAGUUAUCGUAAUUAUUAAUUAACACUUGGUCGUUAAUAGAACAUAACUGUAGGUAACCUAUUCGCUUUAAAAUUCUCAAGUUAAUCAUCAUCCAUGUUCCAUUUCAUUGAACUUUGUAAUAAUAUUGUGUGGCUAUAAUAAAUAAUAAUAUAUCCAGGUACAUUUUAUUUCAACAACUUAAUCAAACAUUAAUUUGCUGUAAAUCGAUUGAAUGUUAUUAAAAUAACACAUCGAAAUAUUGCAUAGUAUUACUCGAAUAUCUUAAAUAUUUCAGUUCAAAAAAGUAAAACUUUAACACUGCAGUUUAGCAAGUGUUCUGCGUUAUCGAAUUCAAAAAAAAAAAAAAAAUGUUUCAAAAUGUACUUAUUGUUUACAAAAUGACAAUAUUAUUGAAAUAAAAUAUGAGUUUUAGACUUGCAUUCAAUAGAUAAUCGAAUCUUGUGUUAUCAGAACGCCGAGGUCGUUACCAGAGCUUCUCCAGAUGUACAGGACUCUCUGGACCGUGCUCUUAUGGACUUUGAAGAGACGCUCGAGUUGGCGUUUCAAUCGAACUCUAUUGUCCCGCCACCUAGAGGAUUUUCUAAUCACAACUUAGGUAUGUAGAAAUAUACAGGAUCGAAUAUCUAUGAGGCAAUUAUUAUUAUUGUUAUUCGAAAUUUGAAUUUAAGUCGAAGGUGAUGAAUCGAAUUUCAAUAAGCUCGACAGCAGUUUUGAGAGUAACACGACUGGCAGCAGCGGUUAUUCUACUAAGCCCGAUCAUUCCAUGCAUCGAUCUGUGAACACUUAUAACGAGCUCCAAGUAAAUUUGUAUUUAUAUUUUUUUUAUGCAAUCUUUAUUAACGAUAACUCGAAUCCGACUGAUAUAGAUUAUCAGAGAACAAAUGGUGAAAAGCUUGGAGAUCAUCAAAGAUUUAGAAGAACAAGUUAAACUGGUGCCUAUGCUUAAGGUAAUUCUUAACUGACAUCGCAUUAUUAAACAUUAUUUUUAAAACCAGGUACCUACGUUAUCGGUAUAUUAAUUGAAUUGAAUUAUUGAUUGAACAAAAACAAUUAUAUAGUAAUGUGUAAGGUUAGAUUAAAUAUUAGGUUAAGCAAACAAUUAUCAAAUUGUACUCAUCCACAAUAGAAAGGAAUUUAAUUCUGAAAUAUUUUCACAUAUAUAUUCGUGUAUAAACAUUAAAUAUAAAAUUAUUAUUUUUAAACUGGUGUUUCUCAACUUUUUUUUAAUCUACUUCUCUCCCUUCUCUUAAGAUUUUCAAAAAUCUCAUCGUCAAUCAUACAUUUUCCAGAAACCUGACGGCUGUCGAAUUAUCUACUCACCUAUCCCUAUAAUCAAAAUAUAAGUAACCGAAAAAUCGCUUCUUAAAAUUAAACGACCUCUCGAAAUUAAAAAUAUCCACAAGUACCUAUUAUUGAAAUCACUGUUUUAAAAUCGUUUCCAUGUUAUCACUCGAAAUUAUUUUUAAUUGAUUUAUUUUUUAAAUACACACCAUUAAUGUAUAUUAAUUGGUUUAGAUAAUAAACAUAAUUCAAUAUUUUUGUAUAUUGUUUUAGUCAAUUUCUUUCCUACCUAAAUAUAUUAUCUUAUACUUCUAAAAUUCUAACGUUUAAAUUAUAGAAAAAAAAAAAAAUGAGGCAUUGUUGGAUAAAUAAUUCUGUAAAAUAAAUAUCGUAUUAUAAUUGAGUUUUGAUGUUUUAGACACCAGCAUAUCGUAUUUCGAAUGUACGUGAUAAUAAUACGGUUUUUUUUAUGUAUACACAUAAUAUUGCAAUACUAGUAUGAUAAAUUAUUUUGUUUUGUAAAUUAUAUGCGUUUAAACAGGUACAGGUGUCGUCACUGAAUAUGGAAAAACAACGAUUAUCCUCGGAACUGGACGAAUACAAACGGAUGGAUAGUAUAAAUAAAAAUGCAACGGGUAAUAGUUUUCAAAAUAAUAAAAUAAUAAUAAUAAAAAAAGCUACACAUACAUGGCAGUUGGCACCAUAAGUGGGCCACUGUUUUAAGUGGAAGGGUGUCUAGGGUAAUUGCCACUAUAUAUAUAUACGCAAUGACAAAUCAAUACAAACCAAAAUAAUUCUGAGCGAAGUUCGGUUAAAAAUAUUUUGAUAAAUUAUGAAAAAAAACUAUAUUUAUUUAUAAUAUAAUUUCAAAAUAAAUUACAAUUUAUUUAACACAAUUUAAACAAUUACAAUUGUUUGUGUUUUUAAUGAAUUUUAACGCAAAAUUUGAAUAAAAUGUUUAAAAAAAAAAUAUAUAAUAUUAGAAAUACUUUUAUUCACAUAAAACCCAAAUAAAUUUUUUAAAAAAACUGAAUAAUUUCAAACGGUUAUAAACUACAAAGACCGCAAAAAUCGCUAGAAUAUUUUGAAAACCACGCGUAUAAUAAAAUUCUAAUAUACUUAUUUUAGCAUUUUAUAUUAUAAUUCGGUGAAAAUUUGUAGUUUCUUCAAUUAUUUUUCACUGAAAUACAAUAAACUAACCAAAGAUGAAAUGAGUAGCUAAACCGUUAUUGUAUAACUAUUACAGUUUUUCCAAUCAUUAAAAAAAACAAGACAAAUUGAAAAGAAAAACAACCACCCCGAUACACCAAUGAGACAACAUUUGCUACCAGCAAUUUGCCUAGGUACUUCUAAUGUUUUUAAUUUCAGGUUAAAAAAUUGUUUUGUUGUUUACAAACGUAACAGUAAAUUUAAAAAAAAAAACAUUUGUCGUGGUAAAACCAAUACGAAUGUAUUAUCUAUAUAUGCUCAGAAUAUGAAAAAAUAGUGAUUUUCUCUUUUUAAAGCAACGAUACACAUGUAAAGUGCUCAAAUAUUACACUCGCGUAUUGUUCACUCGCUGAAAUCAAUUCAUCUGAUUUGUGAAUUAAAUGUGAAGGUUGCACCAAUUAUACAGCGUAUUAUAUUACAUCAUACAUGUUUCAUAAUAAGUAUUUUGUAGAAAAAUAACAUAAAUUUAAAAAAUAAUUUCAAAACGAUGCACAAUGAUAUCCAAUUGCAUUAUGACGUUAUAAUAUUACAAUAUUAGUUGCCAAGUAUAAGCGUAGAACGAUAUAGAAUUGACACUCGAUCGGCUGAUCGGUAUUUGUUAACCUGUGACCCUAUAUUCUCAAACUCGUACGAAUACAAUCCGUACACGAACCGUAUAGUAUUCACUUAUAUAUCUGUAGACGUGAACAAUUUUAUUCCAAAUCUAUUCGUAUCCGUGCACGAAAUUUCGUUUCACUAAACAGUCAAAAAGAGAUGAUAGUUUUCUAUAGUGAUUACUGAUUAUACUCGAUUUUUAAUAUUGAAUAAUAGGAUUCGUAUACGGAAGAUUAUUUCUGCCUUGACCCAACCGAAGUAAUCGUGGAAAUGAUUUUCACUUAACAUAACUGAUUCGCAUAGUUGUUCAGACUACGUCUUUUUUUUAUCAGAAGUCAUGUGAAAAGGACACUUUGAGUAUGCGGAUCCUGAUUGUCUGAGGUUGAUAGUAGGACCCCUGAAAUCUUUACCAGUGAAAAUACGGAGUUUCUAACGUCUGGUAUAUGUACUACACUGUACUGGUAUUGCUUGAUAAUGUUUUAGUGGACAUUUUUUUUUUUUUGAUGAUUUAAAUUGAACAAUGGACUAAAGAUUAAUUAUAUUUUAUCGCGGAUGGAGUAAUUUGAUAGGUUUCAAUUUCUAGAACAUAAACUAAAAAAAAAAAAUCACAUUUAAUUUUGGAAACAUAAUAUACUAAUAAUAAUAACAAUUAUUAUUAUUAUGAUAAGUAUAUGAAACGUUUGCAAUUUCAUUGUCUUCGAGGUAUAUGGUACAUUUUUUAUAAGGCAAAUUGUAUUAUUAUCGCAUAGUUUACAAUAUGUAGGCAUUAAGUAAUAAUAUUCUAAUAAAAAAGAAAAAAACAGAUUACACUGUAUCGUUGAUAAUAUUUAUUUGUUUAGUUUAGUUUAUUUGAGUGAUAAUUUUGCAAAUAAUUAGUGUCCGUUAUAAAUAUAUUUAUUCCGGUUUUUUUUUUUUUUUUGCUAAAUUUUCCCCUGAAAAUUGAGACUAUAUUGUUAUAUAAAUUUCAUCGAUACUUUUGUAUACUUACUACUUACUUACUAUGGCUCCAUCUGGACAAAAUAAGUUCGAAUCCGGAAAUUAGAGUUUUUUUAUAGGUGGAUUGAAGUGAUAUAGAUGAUAAUAUUUUUUAGGCUAUUUUAUAUUUUCAUGAACUUUUAUUUGGUAUAUAUCUGCCAUUAAAUUUAUAUGACUAUUAAGAGAAAUGCUUGAAAAUAUAAAUAUAUCAUCAUAAUUAUAAAUUGUACUUAGUGGUCUAAACAACAAAUUUCAAUUUAAUAUAUUAGUUUUUUUUUUUUAUUUAUAAGCAUUUUAAAAUAAAAUGUCAAAAAUCGUAAAAUGACGUCAAUUCAAAAUAUGUCUUACCGAUUUUUGCUCCGAAUCGUUUAUCGUUAGCAAUGGUUCAUCGUUGCGUACAAAUAUAAAAGUCAAAUAACUUUUUGUAUCCUUCCUUCUCAAUUUUCCACCUACAAUAACAGUGGCUGCACUCGUCCCCCAUUAUUAGCUUUUUUUUUUUCUUAAUUAUCGUCAAUGAUUACGAUUAGAUAACUGUAAUUAAAUGCAAAAAAAUGUAUUGAAAAAAUAUGUUCAUCCGGUCGUAUUAUAAUAAUUUAUACUGACAUCUCUUUUCUGCCGUCGAAUUUCCUAUGGGUUUAUCAGCGGCAGGGAGCAAAAAAAUGAACAGUAUAUUGUAUUAUAAUAAUACACACGACAUUCGUAACAUAAUAUUUCAUUACACAACGUUCAUCGUUGUGCGAAACGUACGUACAAGGUAUAUUAUAAAUAAAUUAUUUUUCACUCUUGUGCGUUGUUUGAAAUACGUUCGAUUGAAUAUUAAGAAGUCGUAAAAAAUAAAAUACGAGUACUAAAACGUAAAAAUAUGAAUUUCGGAGCCGCGAGUUUCACGCACGUUUCGUUUAAACGACAUUUAAAUUAUUUUUCUGAUCGUACACCUUUACUUUAUAUUGGGGCAGGAUAAGACAAAUUCACUGUAAGUCUUCCGGUAGCGGAGCAAAGAGGUUUCCAAUACACUUAGGCUUCAUGGUUGAAUUUUUGUGGGUGUAAUAGGUUUGUAAGGAGAACGUUAACAAUAUUUCACCAGUAGUUUUCUUUGGGGGUUCUCCCAAUUAUUUUCGAAAACAUUUUGGAAAAUCAAAAACUGAUCUGUCUAAUGCACAAACAAAAUUGCCAAAAGAAAAAAACACACAUCAUAGUAAAACCAAUAGAUCCCUCGUUAUGCUUUGAAACUGAAAUCACGCUUUAGGAUUAUUUAACUUAAACUUUUUUUCGUUUAAAGCACACCGUAUUCAUCUGCUUUUUUAUUUUUCAGUCGGUAGUGAUCGGUGUCCACCAGAGAUAAUUGUGGACGACCGUGACCGGCGGGUGAUCGUGUCCACCAGAGAGAUGGGCGUCAACUGCGUGCCGAUGUGCCGGGAUGUGGGAGUGACGACACCAAUGAUAACGGCUGCAGCAGUGGCCGCGUACACGAGCGCGUCCACUAUGACUGACGAAAAGACGCCCGUCGAACCGGUUACGGUGACGGUGGCGGCGUAUACACAGACGGUUGCCGACGUAAAACCGUCCACGGUGACGGCGUACACUCAGACGGACGUGACCGCCACCGCCGCGCCUACCAUUGCGACGCCUGUGACCAAGAUAGACGUCGGCACGCAAUCGAUGAGGCCCGCCACAGUGAGGACGUUUACGGUGGGCGUAAUGGCCAAACCACGGACGUACGACGCGUCUGUGGCCGCGAGACCGUCGCUCAAGCACGUCGGGUGCACGGCCGACAUGACUGACGCUACUGCCACAACCGCCAUGGUCAAACUGGACACCUUGGUGACGCCACCUCCGGUGACGCGCACAACGCAGACGGACGUCGACGUAGUGCCUGUGCUGCAAGCAUGCACGACGCAGACGGACAUUGUCGUAGCGCCGGUUCUGCAAGCGCGCACCACGCAGACGGACGCGGCCGGUGACAAUGGAGUAGAUGACGAUCAAAACCACAGCACCGUUCAGACAGAUACGGCCAGCGAAAAACCGCAGUGGGACAGCGGUGGCCGACUGGUGGCCGCCAUCGGACGGCGGAGCAAUUCGUUCCAUCAUUACACCAUGGCGACAGUAGCGGUGGCAAAAGACCCGCCACCGGUCGCGGUCACGUCCAAGAUACCCAGACUCAAGCAGCCCGUCACGCCCGAGUUCAACCGUAAAGUGUUGAACAGACAGGACACGUACACCAAGACCGCGGCCGAGAUCGUUUGUCACGAUCAACCGUCACCGUCGUUGCCGUCACUGCCACCGCACGUUGCCGAUGACGACUGCAGUUUCGACGACGUCAAGUAAGGAAAUUUGUUUGUUCCCCGUUCAGCCCUCCGCUGCGAACCGGUAACCGCCGGCCGUUUUACUCAAUUCGCGGUUAGGUUAGGUCAGUUUUCACCACCGUUUCGCGUAUAUACGUGUAUCGGAACGCGGUCGUUGACAGUAGCGAUCGUCCGCGUGUCCGAGGAAUAUCGUAUAUAUUAUACAUACAAAUAAAAAAAAAUAUAUAUAAUAAAUCGCUAUAGGCUAAUACUAUACACAACCACUACUUCUUUUUUUUUUUUACUUUUUUAACUCGGGCCGGAUUCCUAAUGCGACGACAAUACGACGUGGUAUUGUGGUACAGAUUUUAAAUCGCCGCAUCCGAAUCCGUGUCACGAUUUUUUUUCGCGAUACGAUUAUUUGUGUGUAUGUGCGUGUUCUGUUUUUCGUUAUGAUUAGUUUCAAAGGAAUUGAUUAAUUUUAAAAUUAUCGAAACGGUUUAUUUGUUUAUACUUGGCAACAUCGCAUUUAUGAUGAUGUUAACAUUUUCACCGAUAAUACAAUAGUACAAUAGAACGGUGUUUGUGCAACACGGCUCAAGUUGAAAAACGUCUGCACUAAGAACAAUAUUGAUUUGAGCCCUUUUUCGCGAACUAAAUUUAAUUAGGUAUCACGACUUGUAAUAAAACGCAUACAUCAAUAACUUGAUAACGGUACCACUUCUGUUAAAACUAGUGGUACCAGUAGAAUUGAAUACACAAUUGACCAAUGAUAGUACAUCAUAGCACAUAGUGCACAUAGUGCAUACCAAAAAAAAAAAAAACUCAAGAACAUUGAUUACCUAUAAAUAAUUUAAAUAUCGAGUCUCUAAUAAUGUUUUUAAUUGAAUUAUAACAAGAAAAACAAAAUUGAAAAUAAUAAAAACACUUAUUUUCGUAAAUUUUCUCGUUCUUUCUACAUAUUUUUCAAUUUUGGUCAAUUAUUAAAAAAUAAUAUACUGAACUUUAAAAAAAAAAAAAACACUCAUCCACAAACAAAAUUAAAAAUUGAAUACUUAUCAAAUAUAAUAUAAUACUAAUUAAUUCAUAUCGCCGUAAAUUUAUUAGUUUUCAUUUUUUUGAUUUUCCAAGAAGUUUUCAUUGAAAAAACCAAAUAAAUACCUCCCAAUGCACCGACUGGAUACAAUUUUCUUUUAGAAAAUGUGCUACAUCUGAUACAUCGAAGGAAGUUUUCUAUUCGAAAAGUUACGCUCCUCUAUGUUCUGAAUCUGAAAAAAAGCACACGUCAUCUUAAGAAAAUCAAUGCAUUCCUCACUACGCUCAGAACCUUAAACACAUUAUGCGCGUAAGAAAAAAUAAAUAAAUGUAGUUCAUAGUGAUAGACGACGACUUGUAAGAAUAUAAUAAAGAACUCCGAAAUAAAAUGUCUUGUUUUUCCGCACAAUUAUUCGGUAUCAAUAGAAAACUCGAGGACGGGAAGAAUAUGACUGUCGACCGAAAAUUAAAAAAAAUAUAAUAAAAACUUUACUGUGUGGAUGUAAAUAUUUUUAUUACACACUUAAAUUCAAUCAUAUUGAAAACAGAAUACGUUUUAAUAAAAUUGUUGCUUACAAAAUAUUUGUACAUCCAUAAUUCAUACGAAGGUCAUAAUGCAUGACAAACGCCUUUAACAAAUCUUUAUGACUCACUUAAAAAUUACUAACGGACCGGCAUUGGAUUCCUUAACGUUCAGUAAGUCCGUAUUCACAGGAAGCUGCACGAAACUGGUCUGCGGUUUGAAUUAUUACUAAUCAGCAGGGUUGGGAUUUUAUAGUAUUUGCAUAUUUUUUUAUGAGAUGCUUAAGAAAUAGCUAAAUAUGUAGAGUAAGUUAAAUAUGUUUCAUGAUACAGAGAACUCAAAUUAAAAAUUGUAAAUUUCAAAUUUUGCGGUUUUUUAGAUUUUAGUGAUAUUUUUGGACUUUUUAAGCACUUUUAUCUGUUUUUGAAUCAAAAUUGAUCAUAUUUUAUGAAAUUAUACUUCAGUAAACGUGUCUCUAGAUUAUUGUCAUUCAAAUUGUCAAAGUAAAUACAUAGAUUAAGUAUACAGACCGAUUACGUGGACGUAGAGAUGUAAGCUCGGUAAAUUUUUACCAGAUAAAUUUACCAAUUUUUAUUUUUACCAAAAUAAUUAGCAAGCGACAUCUCAAAUUAAACGUCUUUACGAGGCUAAUAUUCAUAAAAUAUCAAUAAAAUGGAAUGGUUGAUAUAAAAGUAUAAGACGAAUAUUUACAAAAGUAUUUUAAAGAAAAUAAUAGCAACUUAAUACCUGCUGUGUAGGUUUGCAGCAGGCUAUUAGUAGAUACCUAUCCCGGUGAUAUGACGUAUGUUCAAUAGAAAUAAUAACCUGAGGUUGAAAAUCUUACAUCAUGUACAUAAUAAUUAAUAGUACUACAAUAUUACGAAUUAUUAAAAGAUUUAAUUAUAAUUUUUAACAAAUUUUUAUGUAAUAUUUAUGUUCCGAUAAAAGAAAAAGUAAAACAUAUAAGUACAAUAAAUUAUAUAAGUAUGCAAUUACCAAUUACUAAUUACACUAUUGUCCACAUAAUAACCCUAUUCAAAAAAGUAUAAAUAAACAUUCUCAAAGUUAUACGUUUAUGAUAAGGCGGAAGAGACUAGAUAAGUACUAUUGGGGGUUUUCUUAUGAGUAAAAAUUAAAAAUAUUAAAAUUAACUAAAUUUACCGAAUUUACGGUAAAUUUACGUAAUUUUUCAUCGGUAAUUUACAAAACAAACAAAAUUUGCGUAAUCCGUAAUCAAUUAGUAUUUGCCAUUUGGUAAUCGCAGAUCCCGGUAUUAAUUUUGGAGAAGGGUUGGAGUAAACUAUUUAUAACAGUGAAACCCAGUAUACAUUAAAUGUACACAUUUUUAUAACAACAUAAGGAAAACUUGUAUUAUAUUACGCUGUUUGUGGCAAAGCCGUAUUUACACUUUCUACACCUCGGGGCACUGUGUUUUAGCGUUCGUUCACAAAAAAUAAAAAAAUUAAAGAUCAUCGUGUCUUGUGACGCCCUUUUGAAAUGUAGCGCCCGUAGCAAUUGCUCCCUUUGCUCGCCUCUUUUCACUGAAUCCACCACAGUAUAUUGGUAACUUUUAUCUGCGUACCAGGUUUAGUCAUAAAUCAUCGAAAUCAACUUAGUCUUGUGUGGUAUCAUGAAAGCACGGCCUUCAUCGUCAUCGUUUCACAAAACCAUCGUAGAUUUUGAUAAAGUGAUUAAUAUAUUGAUUAUGAUAGCGUUAUAAUACUGUUUUACAAAAAUUGAAAGAUGACGAGAAAUAAACAAUUGUAGGUUCAUCGUCCUUAAAUAACGAGUUACUGAGGAAUAUUACCACAGCCGCCGAUUAGUCAUCUGUAGUCCUGGAGAAUUGAAUAUUUCACACGCACACAUUUUCGCACUUUAAUCGCACAUCCAAAUAGAUAUUCUUAUACUUAUUACGAUUUGUAGAAACUGAGUUACUGACUCAACUCGAAAAAAAUGCAACUUAUUAUUAGUUAUCAAUAACGCGUUACUUACUGGUUAUAGUAACUCCAGUAGCAGUGCAUAACUCAACGUACGAAUAUGGCCUGAAAACAGUGCUCGAAUUGGAGGGGGAUGCAGUGGAACGGAGCUCCUCUUCAAUUUUCUCAUAUUUUGAGAGCACUACUUCAAAUUAUUUUCAUUAGAACAGGGGAACAGAACGUGUUAUUUUGAUUUUGAUUGAAUAAGAUAAAAAAAACCUGUUUUAAGGAUUAUUUUAAAACUUUUACAUUUCAACAUGCAGUAACAUCACUUUGAGUGUGCUAUAGCAACAAAGAGUUUAUUAAAUCAGAAGGGUUAGUUACUCUUCAUAUAAAAAAAUACAUGGCGGCCAUUUCACUGUUAGUGAGUGUUAUCAAUUUAGAAAUAUCAGUUAAAAAAUGAUUUUUCCCGUUUCAUGAGUUGUUAUUAUUUAUUUUUGAAUUUUAAUUUUGAAUCUAAUUUAAUCUAUUUUGUGUUUGAAUAAAUUGUGUAAUUUUUAAUAUAAUAUUGGAAUAUCGCACAUAUUAAUAUCUACUUUAUAUCCACCUACUUGAUUAUUUACUUAAUUCAUACCUACCAUUCUUAUACAGUAUUAUUGCUUUUUAGAAGAAUUAAAAAUAUUAAAGCAAAUAAUCCUAGUUUUUACUAAUUGAAUCUAUAAAUUCUUAGUUAAAAAUUACAUUUUACAAUUUGUUUUUCUGGUAUUAUAAUAUUAAAAAUUAGAGAAUUUGGUUUAAACACAAAAUAGAUUAAAUAAUAUUCAAAUUAACUCAAAAUUAAAUGAUAAACAACAUGAAAUGAGAAAUGAUAAAAAAAUGACAAGUUUUAAAAAAAAAAUAUUCAUUGAAACUGUUGAUACAUAUUAUUGAUAUAUCAUAUUAUAAAAAUUAGAUGAACAAGAUUGGUCGAAGGGUGAGGGGUCAAAGCCCCUCACUCAUCAGGUUGAGUUUUAUCAUCGUAAAGGACGCUAAUUUUUUUAAAGUAUUUGAGUCCCUUCUCUCAUAUUUUUCUAAUUCGAGCACUGCCCAAAAAUAUUGUGAUAUUAUUGUUUCAGUCUAAAAGACUUGAUCGCGUAGCCGCAGUGUAGUCGUGUAGAUAGACGUAACGUAAAAUUAUUCAUAAUAAUAAUAAUGAUAUUUUCAUCGGACUUUUUUCGGUCGUUUAUGGUUUUAACACGAAAUAAAAUGCAAUAGCAUUAUAAUAGAUAAAUUUACCUACAAAAGAUAUGUUCUCUAUAUAGGUUUCUAUAUCGGUUCUUGCCUAUAAUGGCCAGUGUAAUAUAAUGCAAUAUAUCACAUAGUCGCAGACCACGCCUUUCCGAAUCCCAGCUCGCCCUUGUCCCCGGGGACAAAUUAUUCGACUUAAACCCGAAUAAAAAAAAUGUCGAUACAUCGACAUAGAUUACGUUAGUAUAAUAUUAUAGAUAUUAUUACAAUGAUUUGUAACAGUUAUAACCACGAUUGCUAUCGGACACGCAUCAUAGUCGGUGGAAACGAAGUUUCUAACCGUAGCAUUAAUAUUUUUAAAAAAAACCGUCGCCGUCAAAGUGUGUGGGAGUACAGAUUCCCGUUAAAUUAGUACAUAGCAAAACAAAUCUAUCGAAAAAUCCAGAGCAGAAAUUACUUAUGGGCGUACCACUGUUGUAUAGGUAGGAAUUUAGGGAGGAAACUGGCCUUGGGAAUUUAAGAUAUAAUAUAGAUUGAUUUGAUUUUAUAUAUCGAUACGCAACAAUAAAUCUUUGCUAUUCGUAGAAUUAAUAUAAAAACCUAUACAUUGAAUACAUGAACUAUAUACAUUGGACUACAUUUAUUAUACUCAUUUGAAGUUUCUUAAUUUUUUUUUUUGUUUUGUGUAAUUAUAAUUUUUUUGCACAACAAAGAGUUAAAUAAAUUAACACGAGGUUCAUCAAAAUUUCUUGGUGACCAAAAAAAAGAAAGUAAUUUAACAAUUUGUUUAUUGGUUUUUUUAUUUUAUAUUUUGGUCAGUUUGUACACGGGACUUCAAAAUAAUCGUCUUUUGGCUCAAUAUAGUAAUUGAUAGUACGUCAAUUAACUACACUUUUGAAAAAAUAACGAAAAUACACCAAUAUCGCGAAUAAGUUAAUAGAAAAAAAAACAAAUACAAAAUAUUUAUACGCCGAAUUUACGUCACGUAUGAGAAGUUGGGGAAGGUAGGAUAUACUGGGGAAUUUUAUUUAUAUUUGUGCAAACCAUUGCAAACCGAAAACGAUUUAAACCAAAGUUAGAUUAUACAUUUGAUAUUAGGUCAGUUUAGGUUGGUAAUAUUAAAGCCGUAAUAUUUACGAAUUACGUUAAAAUUUAAUAUCAAAAUUGUUCUAAAAAAAAAAAAAAAAUACUACAUUAAACUCAAUUUUGUUUUUGUUUUGGUCACUAAGUACGACUUGUAAUGAACCUUCUGUUAAAUUUUCAACCAUUUCUGUUUAGUAUAACAAUUUUAUCCACUUUAUUAUCCACCUUUUUAUCCAUUUUAUGGAGGUCUUACCAAAUUAAUAUUACGUAAAAAUACUAGCAAAAUAAAAUGUCGAUAGAUAAUUCAAAAAUGGCUUAAAUGUUUAGACAAUUUUACCAUGUCUAGAAAAGGCAAAUAUAAGUUUUCUAUCCAAAUUUUUAUACAAAAGUCUAUACAAAUGUUUUUAACUAAAUUACAAGAAAAAAAUUAAAUUGAAAAUAAUUAAAGCAUUAUUUUCGUAAAUUUUCUCAAUUUACUACGUUUUUUCCCGAUUUUUCCCAAUUAUUAUACAAAUUCAAGACUAGUACCAAGUGGAUACAAUUUCCUUUUAGAAUAGGCGCUAAAUUUGAUACAUCGAAGUGAGAUUUCUGAUAGAAAAUUUGUUUACUGAACAAAAAAUAAACAAAAUUGCAAAAUCACUACGUCAUUUGUCGUUACGCUAAAAAUCUAAAAGAUAUUUUACCGAACGGGAAAAUUAUAUUUAUAAAACAAUAUUCCAUUUCCAGUAGUAUUUUUGGUGAGUAAACCGCGUAACUGAGUAUGUUCAGUUUUUUCUCCCCAUCUGUUUUACCUUCUAUUAUUAAAGUAUAUUAUUUACUUAUUAUUAUACGUAUAGUAGUAAAGAUGUCAUUUCGUUUUAGUCGCAUGGCUUUUUGCCAAUGACUUUAUGAUAAAUGAUAUACUAUACAGUAUACAGGUCGUAUUAAGAUACCGUAUAAUAUUUUUACAUAUUUUUGAAUAUUCUUUAUAUACUGUUAGGUAUUGGGAAUUGGGAUAAAAUAUCCAGUACUAAAAUAUCAAAGGUUAAAAUAUCGGAAAAAAUAAUCAAUAUAUAAGAUAAAAUAUCCAAAUACAUAAAAAAUUAAAAAACCAGUUUGAAAAGUGAAUAUUAAUAAUAAUUAAAUUAUUUUUUUUAAUUAGAGACAUUGUUCAUUUUUAAAUCUCAUUUCAAUAACAUUUAAUAAUACAAUAAUAUAAUAUGAUACCUAUGUAAUAAUAAAGCUCUAGUUAACAGUGUUACACUGAAAUUAUGUAUAUUGUAUACAAGUAAUCUAUAUUGUUGUAGACAUGUCAGUCAGUCCAUGCAGACAAUAUUUUGAUCUACAAUAUUAUCCUGCUGUCAUCGGUGUAGAAACGUAUUAUCAAUUAUAAUCAUUAUAGUUUGUCGGCGGUGAAUUAUCGUAGAAUUGUUUUGUGAAUUAUUCCAGUGUGACGUUUAUAGUGGUGCGUUAUAAAGUCGUAAUAAUUAUAGAAUAAUUCGUUUAAUUUAUUUUAGAUUUCGAGUGGUGUAGCGAAGAAUGUAUUGGUUUUACUAAGAUGUUUUUUUCUUUAUCCUGUGUACACAAAUUCGACCAUAAAUCUUGCUCAGAUAUAUACGCGCGGCACCAUUUCUGAAAGAGAAUGUUGUCUAAAUAGUAACCAGGAUAAAAUAUCGGGAAAACGGAAAAUGUAUGAAAUGUAGGGAUUAGUAAAAAUUAUUUCGGGCAUUUUUUCUAUGUACAAUUUUUCUACCAGCAAUUUUGCUCUGAUUUACAAUGAUAAUACUUUUUCUGAAAGUACAUCUGAUUGGAAAGGUACUUUAAGGAGGUAAUUUUUCGAUUUUUCUAAUAAUUUUCUCGAUUUUUUUUUUGUAUCUCUAAAUAAAUUUUCUACCAGAGCUUUUGUUCAGGUUAAAACUUUAUAGAUACUUUCCACAAGAAAGGUCCUUUUAAGAGAGUAAUGGAGCAGUAUUUAAACGCUAUACGCACCAUGCUGCGAAUCACACGAUACCCCACAAAUUAUUCAGUAGCAUAAUCAUACUAAUUUAUAAAAUUGUUUACAUAGGUAUUGCUAUUUGAAAUCAAAAGUAGGUAGUCAAUUUACCUACAAAAAUAAGGGUUAAAAAUAUAAUAAGAAAUGUAACAAUUUAGAGCUACUUAUUUCUUAAACUAUCAAAACAAUCGUUUCUGGUGACUGGUUCCUCCAGUCAGCUACUGAUGAUAGUCGAAUAGAUUACCAUAAUAUAAAUUAUUACGAUAAAAUACUGUUCUAAGGAAAUUGUAUAUUAGUUUCACAGUAAAAAUAAUAUGUUUCGUUAUUGUAUCUGAUAAUGAAAUCUUUCUCCUAUGUAAAAUAUUAUGAUUUCAAAAUGUAUUUAAACUAUUUAUGGAAUUUUUAAUAUAGGUCACUGUUUGAAAAUCGAAACUGGGUUGUGAUGGUUUCACAACCAAAAUAUUACGAGUGACAAAAAAUAAUAGAAGUAUAAUAUUUCAAAGCCACUCGAUUCAAAAAUUUUACAAAAUACCAAAACUCCGUAAUACUUUCCGACAUAAUGAUGAGUGUCUCGCUCAUCCUAUAUAAUAUUUUAUUUUAUUUUUUUUUUUCACACAUUUUCCGUCUCACUACAAUUGCGAUGAUUAUACUUUAUAUUCAUUAUUUUCGAUUUUCGAAAUAAAAAAAAAAAUAAAAUAUGUAUACACAGCAUAAUAUACUCACUUGAUAAUAUGUAUUUAGUUUUUUUUUCUAUGAAACGCGGAAUGUGCGUCACAAAUAAUAAUUAAUAAAUUAUUGUUUAGAAAACAACUACAACGUUAAAUAAUGAGCUGAAUAUUGAAAACAACAUGAUAAUAAUAAUAUACACGUAAUAUCUCUUCGGGUUAACGAUAAAAUAUUACAGUGUAGUUGGGUAUAAAGAUGCCGAAGUGGCUACUGACGUGUAAAAAUUAAACAAAUAUUUAUACAACGAGUCGGUGUUUAAAAAAAAAAAAUAUAAGUUAUAAUAAUAAUACAAUUUUAAAAUGACUACUAUACUAAUAAAAUAUUGGGGCGGCAAUUAAUUACCUAAUUAAUGAGAAAAUAAUGAAAUAUUAAUUUUUGAGUGGCAGAGGUAUAAAUUAUUAUUAAUAUUAUUUACAAUAAAUUAUUGGCUGUGAAUUCUCUAAAAAUUAACAUCUGAUUAUAAUUUAAUAAAUUGUAAUAUAAAUCUAUUCCCUAUAGAAAAAUAAUCUUUUCAGGUUAAAAUAAAAAUAAACAAAUAGAAAAAAACGACAUUAAUUAAAUAUAAAAUUGAGACAUCAUAAUAUUGUUUUUUAUUAUUUGCAUACAUAGUAUCUCACUUAGAUAUACCCAUUGAGUAAUUUAAAAAAUAUUCACUUAUUUUGAAUUUUAUUGUUUUUUAAUUAAUGUUAUUAUUAUUUUUUUUUUUGACAAUUUCAAAAACUAGCAGGUUUUUAAAUGUUACAAUAUCAUUUUUUUUGUCUCCCUUAUAUUAGAUUCUGAGCGGGGCGAGAAAUGUAUUGGUUUUCAAUGUUGUUUAUUUUUUUCAAUUUUUUUUCGAUGAACAAUUUUUCUACCAGCAAUUAUGCUUCAAUUUUCAAGUGUAGCACUUUUUAUGAAAGGAAAUCUGACGAGGUUGUACUUUAGAAAGUUCAUAGUUAAUGGGAAAAACCGGGAAAAUUUACGAAGUGUAUUAUUUUAAAAUCGUAAAUAUUACGGACCUUUUAAAACAUAUAUUACCGAUCUACGUUCAGAAUAGUCUUUUGUUAUCAAUGAUUACUCGUUGCUUACAGAUAUAAAUUAAAUUCCUUUCUAUAUCCUAACUUCUCGACUUUCUACCUAAAGCAGUAGCCCACUGUUGUAGACACACCGUUUGAAGUAUGUCUGUAUUAUUUUUGUGAGUGAAACUAUACAAGAACAAGCGGGAAGUUUGAAAGGUAUAUUACUAAAAGAUCGGUUUCCUCGUCUCAAAAAAAAGAAAAUAUAUAAUUCUUUAUUUAAUAAAUAAUUAAUUAUAAUUCUUAUUUAGAUCUCCUCGUACUGUUUGACAGAAUUUUAUAUCGUCUGUCAACCUGACGCAACCACAUUUUUCAACUCUUACUACAGGUAGAGGUUCUGUGGGAGUAUUCUGAUACUCUCUCAUAAUAGGGAGCAUAUUGAAAAUAUUGUGAAUACAUAAUAAUAUUAUCGUAUAUAGUAAAAGGAUGUUGAUGAUUUAAAAACACACCUAUUGACCUAAAAAAAAAGAUCUAAAACUCCAAAAAAUGCACUUAAAAAUGACCAAACAAAUCUAAUUACUUAAUUAGUCUAACUAAAUUGGCAAAUAUAAUUGAAUCUAUCUAAAUAUCUACUUAAUUAAUCAAAACAUUUUAUUUAAAAAAAGUACAUAUAAUUAUUAGUUCAAAUAAUAUGGGAAUAGUAAUAGGUAUAAGAUUAAUUUAAAAUACUAAUUGUUGUAAAACUAAUAGACAAUAGCUAGUAAACAUUUAAAUUUUAAGCUUAAUUUAAUAUAAAAAAAAAUAAUUCCUGAAUAAAAACAAAAAUUAAGCGUUAGGUCCGAUAAGCUUGUAUGAUAAAUUAUAAGAACGGUAAACCCUUAUCGGUACGCGAUAAAUUUAAUCACAACAAUCCCACCCCCAAAUAAUAAUUUAAUUUAAUUUUUAGAAUGUAAACAUUUUCUUUAAAAUCCAAAAUUUGAGAAAAAUGCCCCACAUUGUACAAAUACUACGAAAAAUGUCCUAUAAUAUGAAAAAUAAAUUAUAAUUUAUUUAUUUAUUUAUAAUUAAAAAUGUCAAAUAAAAUUAGUAUGAUAUUCUGAAUUAAGGGAACAUGAAAUUAAUUUUUAAUUAAAAUAGUAUUUUGUAGGAUCAAGGGGCAAAAAAAUUCUAAAGUAAUCAACAUAUCCUAUAUCAAAUAUCAUCCGUAAUAUAAUUUCAAAUUGUAUUGCCUACUUAUGGAAUGUCAGAAUGAUAUUCAGUUAAUUUCAAGCAGUAUCAUAUUUAUGGGGGGAGAUCAGGGAGAUAUAUUUUCCCCUUUGAAAUUUGUUUAGAAGUGACAAUGAUUAUAUUUCAAUAUAGAAAUGUUAGGACGGUUGAAUACUUACAAAAAGUAUUAUAUAAAUUUAAAAUUAGAUAUUUUUUCGUUUUAGCCUAGGUAUCAAAAUAUUUUAAAAUUCACUAUCACCUUCCUUGACAAAAUUCCGAACACGCCACUGAUUCCGGGGUAUUUUUUAUAAUUUUACAGCGAACAAUUAUAUUUUACAAAAAUAAACAUUAGUAUUUAAUAUCAGUAUUUAUGUUCAACAAUAUUUCUACCGUCUAAAUAGAAUUUUGUUUUUCUUGUACAUGGUAAAUUAUAUUCGCAGAUAGGAAUGAUAGAAAAAAAAAAAAAGGUUUUGCCAGCCACGACGCUCUCUGAAAUCAGAGCAUUCAUGGGCCAUAGCCUAGGUAGUCUAGUGCUAAAUCUAGCCCUGUAUGAAAUUGAAUUAGCUACUAUAAAACUUGAUAUUUUUACUAUAAAGGGUUUUCGGUUCAAAAACAUAACAUACGGAAGCAACUCUCAUGUCUCGUAGACUGAUUAUGUUUUUUUUUUUUUUUUUUCUGAAAAGAAGAAAGCUUCCUACAAACGGAAUUGAAAUAUUUCUUUUGUCAAUAUUUUCAUGUCUUUUUAAUAAACUUUUUAAUAUGUAUGUUUUUACCAACCUUUUUACCAUCAUUUGGAACUUGUAAAUGGAAAAUCGUAUUUGAAUGCUAUCCGUUAAAAUUUGUUUUGUAACAAUUUUAUAAAAAAAAAAAUUAGUAUGCAAAUAUUUUGUUAACAAUGAGUUAUCCCUAUUCCUCCUAAGUCAUUUUCGUUGUAAAAACGGCCGUCUCUAAUAUUGAGAUUACUCCAUUCGAUAUUUACAAUAUUUUGUAUUUUUUUUUUUUUUUUAAACAAUCGGUAUAAAAUUAAUUGAAGAAGAAAACUAAUUAAAUACCGAAAUUACCCAUUUAAGUUAUAAUAUAUAUAUAUGUACUUGUAUAUAAUAUUUAUCUUAAAAAUAUACAUGUACUUAAAACAUAAUAUUUUAAUAUUGUCAUUUGAAUUAUUUGUUUUCUACAGAACUAAUGAACCAUCGACACAAGAACAUCAAAAGGGUCAUCCAGAAAUUGAUAAUAUAAACUUCAAACCUAUUCGAGAUGACGUAUACAAGUAAUACUGUUAUUAUAUAUUUAUGAACAGGAUUCGAGGCUAAUAGCACUUAAAAUUCGUAAAAGACCGUUUAAAAACGUCAAAAAACUCCGAAAAAAGCAUUUAAAAAUUUAAAAAUUAUUAAAACUUUCAAAAUGGUAGAUGAGUUUAGAAAGUUACUCUUCCAAUGACUUAUUUUCUAACACUUUAAAAAUGAUUAACACAAAUAAUUUAUUUUAAAUACGUAAAAUUUUCUUUAAACAAAAAUGACUUUGUAGUGUGUUUGUUGUUACUUAUUUUUUAUACAUAUAUAUAUUUAGUUAAAGGCUUCAACUACAAAGAUUUUUAACCUAUUUUAACUUAUAUUUAUAAAAAAAAAAGAUAGAGAGAUUAAUAAUACAAAAUAUAUAUUAUAUCUUAGUAUAAAUGUUGACAUGUUAUUUACAAUUUAUAGCUUCGGUUUGAAUUGUAAAAAAAUGUACAAAUUGUGUUUUCUUCUUUGAAUGCUUUUCUUAGUGAAAUGUGCGAGGGUUAUUGAAUAUCUGGGAGUCUUCGGUAUAUCUGUGGCAGUUGAUGACUAAUGACUAUACACUCUGGUGUUAAAAUUUUAUUAUAAGUAUCGUAUACUGGUAUUGUUCCUUUCUGAUGAGAUAAGCAUAUAUUAGGUGAGAACAGUUGCGGAUUUACUGGGAGGUCUAGGGGUCUAGAACCCCCCCUCCACACUCUAAAUUUAUUUAUUUAUACUAAAUUUAUACUAUUCUGUGUUAUUAAUUUUAAAUUAAACUUAAUAUUUGUUGUUGAUUAAAACAUGGAUACAUUCAUACACAUAAGUAAACAAACAAUAGGUAUGUAAGUUAAUUAAAAUAAAUUAAUAAAUAAAUACAUAUUGUAAGUUAAUAUCAAAAGACUCCCUCCAUCCCGGAUAAAAGUUCAAAAUCUGCCAGUGAGUGAGAGUGGCCUAUUUUAGUUCGAAUAAUGGUUAUUUUCUUUCUUCUUUUAAUAUCAGGAGGAUAUUUUUAAUUGUUUAUGUACAAUUUUACAUUUCUCAGUUUUUUGGAGAGGUAGGUUUAGUCAAAAUUUCUGCCAUUCUUCCAUUAUUUUAUUUAUGAGUACUCAAAGUUCCGAAUGAGGUUCAUAUAUUUAUUUUUGUGGAGAAUGGAGAUAUGGUGGCUUCAUAGGCUGUUGUGUAUGCUUUCAGAUUUCCGGGUCUCCCAAUUUAUGAGAGGACCCACAUAAAACAUGCAUUUCUUUCAGAUAUCAAUUUCUGAAUGUGUUGAAUAAGCUCAUUUUUUGGAUAAGGAUUUAAGAUUAAUGUGAGGGCACUCAAAGAGUUGUUACAAAGACGCUGUCGCUUUUAAGGUUUGAAGACGAAAUAAUUUGUAAUGCUAUAUAAAUAGCAAAGUACGUUUCAGUCGUAUGUAUUACUAGAGGAGGGUAGAAGUUGAAAUAGAUUUCUGGUCUAUGGACUGUGAUUAAUAGAGUGCGGAUAAAAAUAUUCUAAAAAACAAGAAAAACACUUUAAAAAAAAUGAAAUUAAAUGCACAUAAAUAAGCAAAAGCUAGGUAACUUUGCCUGUGGGUGCACUGUUGUAGGUGAGAAGUUGAGAAGGUAGUAGAGGUUUAAUGUAUAUCUGUAAGCAAUGAUAAAUCAUUUCUAACGAAAAAAUGAUUCUGAACGGAGUUCAGUUGAUAGUAUUACUUUGUCAACAAUAUAAUAUAUAUAUAUAUUAUAUAUGUCAUAUUCAGUGGUGUAUCUAGAGCUCAAUCAAAAAGGGGGCGUGCCCGGGCGGUUUAAAAAUUGCAAUACACCACAAAAUAUUGCGAGGGGUUUUCUCGUUCCCCCCCUCAAAAACAACAGUUAUAAUUUUUUUUUUUUUUUUAUAAUUUUUCUCCUUGGCAACUAUGAAAAAUAGUUUAUAGGUAUAAAUUAUAAUUAAUAAUAUAAAUAAAAAAUUUGUUUUAUAUAUACAAGGUGUCUCACGAGGAUUCAUCAAGUGUUUUUUUUUAAAUAAUUCGCUUGUCUCAACACUACAGUUUAUAUAUGAACAUUUUUUGUAGGGGAAGAGGACUAAGAAUAAAAAAUUUAAAAUUGUACUAUAAUUUGUCGUAAUUGUCGUCGUUCAACUUUAAAAUGGUAUGAUUUUUUUGGGUCUACGUAAUUUGAUACGAACUGCCGUGCUUUUCGAUGGAUUAAGGACAAUUUUCCAUCUUUUGCGCCCAUGCUGGAUUUUGUCGAGGUGUUUGAAUAUUUUUAAUUACAUUUUAAACUUUAUCAGAACUUAAAAAAAUAGCACUAUCAUCUGAAAAAAAAAAACACCUAAUUUUUUGUAGUUCUAGGAAAGUUAGAAUUUUAUAAAUUGUAUACUAGUGGGGAAAUUUUAGAACCUUGUAGUACACAUACAUAAUGUAUUUAAUAUUUGAGUUAGUAGUAUUUAUUUAAUGAGGGAACAGUGAAAGCAGAGAAAAGAUAUAAUGAUGUAAAGAUUACUGUAGUUGAGUUAAGAUAUUUGAAUUUAUUAUGUAGACGUUGAUACCCGACCCGAUCAAGUAUUUGAGCUAUGCCCAGAAAAGCUACAUUGGUUUAUUCUUCUUUUUGAACCCAUUGCUUAUAUGCUCUGUGUAUCGAAGAAGUUGUAGGUAAGGAAUAACGUCUAUUUCGUUUAAAUGGGUAAUUAGUUUAGAGGGAAUGAUUUUUUUAAAUAUUUUUUAAAAGACGAUAAAAAGGGUCUGCAAUUAUUUGGAUUAGUACUAUCUUUGUCAGGUUUUUUAAUCAUUUUUAUUGUGAUUUUCUUCUUAUCCUUAGGAAAGUAACUCAAAUUCAAUAAAACAUUAAAAAGAACUGUCAUAAAAAAAAUUUGUUUUUUUUUUUUUUGGUAGUUUCUUUAAUAUUCUAUUAGUAGUUAAGUUGUAUCCGAGAAUUUGCAAUUAGAAAGUAUUUUUAUAGUUUAUGAUUGUUCUAUUAGAUUAGUGUGAGGAUAAGUAUAUUUUGGGGUAGGAAAUCCGGUCCACUUAAUUUCUGAGAUAUCAAGUUGUUAGUUGCGUUAUAAUUUAAGCCGUUAAGUGUGAAUGUGCUUUCUAAGGUGGUAAUGAACAAGUUGUAUUUUUCGUUAAUAGAAUAUUGCUAUAUACAGUUAUAAUACAGUUGUUUCUUAAAUUCAAGGGAGGCAUACCAUAAGUAUUGGGUUUAAUUAAUCUUUUAGUCACUAACCAUAGAUUGGAAUCUAAAGGAUGUAUCAUAGAUAAGUAAUUUUGAUAAGAAUCUAUUUUAAGUUCAACUAGAUUUUUGACUUUUUUAGUAAGAAAAUUUAAGUUCUGGCAAUCUUCAGGCCUUAUGUAAAGUCGAUACUGCUUCCUUAUACAAUAUUUGGUUUUUAUUCAUUUUCGGAUUGAUUGAAUGAUUUUCGAAGUAUAAUUAAUGCACUUUGGGAUUGUUGUGCAUAAUAUUUCAACUUUAGAGAUUGUUUGCCAGAGGUGAAAUAUAGUUUAUUCAAUAUACAUAGACCUUUGAUGUAUUGUAAAUAGAUCUAAGAAUCGCAAUAUUAUCUAUAGCUCUUAAAUGUAUUUAAGUCAAGUUUUCAAUUUAUAAGUUUUUGAGUUUGUUCUGUAUGUGUUAAUAAAGUUCUCAUUGAUAUUUUACCAGAGGAAUUAUCUUAUUUUAAUUCGAACGGGGGUACUUGAUUAAUUAUUUAAGAAGUUAAUUUUAGUAAUCAAAUUUCUAAAAUAUCAGGAAUUUUAUUAGGAUCAUUUGAAUAAUACGUGGCGCUAUUUGGAUCAAAGAUGAUCGAAAAAAAAUUGUAUAGAUAUUUACGUAGUUUCCUUCUAUUAAUAUAUAUUUAACAAAUUACAUUUUCAAUUCACAUGUUUCGAAUAAUUUGGGCCACCUAUAAUAAUAACCUUAUUAUAGUUAUUUAGGAUUUUUCGAAGUUGUUUAUAUAUAUAUUUAUAUUAUAGCUUGAAUAUUGGUAUACACUUACUAAGAUAGUAUUUUUAAUAUUGUUAAUUGGCAAUGCGGCUUUCAGUGAUUAAGUAGGUGUGAUAUAUGACUGAUGUGUUUUAUACCGGUACAGAUUAUUAUCAUGACAACGCCUGCAGGCUGAACAGUUAGCUGAUCAUUGUUGUAAAUUGAAUAACCACUAAAUUUAAUUGAGUUAAGUCUUUAAAGCAUACAAUUUUAUUCUAAAACAUAGCGUAUGGAAAUAGAAGUAAUUUCACUAUAAUAUCUGCAUUUUUUUUUUCAAUGUCAGUAUUUUGUUAAACAUUGUUAUUUUAAUUUUUUUUUUUAUUAUUAUUGCCUUUUACGAAAAAAUAAACGAUUCAAAUUCUGAAUAUAUUUAUACCGAUAAUUGAAUAAAAGUGUAGCGGUAUAAAUCUUGCUCACAAUACUUCUGUGUACACAAUUUUACAUGACUAUUAUGAUCAAUUAUCAUUUCGAUCGUUGGAAGUUUGGAAGAAAUUCUAAGCUAUGUAUAAUAAUAUAAUAGUAUUUUAAAUAAUUUUAUAGGGACAAUCCAAGCAAAGAGAUGAGGGGUGCGUUAAAGGUACUCAAUGAUUCAUUGAAAAAAACAUCGGCCACACUAUUGCCGAGGACCCAAUUGAAACAAGCCAUUGAUAUCGUUCGCGAGGAAUGGUUUAAGGUACAUACAUAUUAUUAUACUUAACUCACCGUAAAGCGGUUUUUAAAAUAAUUUUCGAAUAAUAUUAUAAUAUAAAAUAAAAUAUGUAAUAAAAUAAAAUAUAUUGUAAUAUAAUAAUAAAAAUAAAAAUUGGUUUAGGUGUCGAGUUCAAGCAGUUGUGGCGGCCACCUUGUUAAGAAUUACAUCAACUGGUUUCAAUCCUACUCCCCGGUUUUGUUAGAAUUCAUCAUCAAUAUGACAGACGCCGCGGUAAAUAUGUGUUUAUUUUUUCCUUAGUUUUAUAGAUAUUUAUUUAAUAAACUCAUAAAUUAGUAUAGAUUGCUAUAUUUGAAAGUAACUUUGCAUAUUAUAUGCACUUUUUCAGCAUAUCAUAAUCGAUUUAUGGUAGGAAGGAAGGGUAUUAGACCAAUUAUUGUGUUUUUCUGGUCGACUAUUUGAAAAAAAUUUAAAAUGUACUUUCUUUUUAAACAAUUUUAUUUUUUAAGGUAUUCACUAAAUCGAAAGUUUUAAAAUAUAAAUUUAAUAUUAUUGUACAUUUGCAUUAGGUAAGGGUGCGUGAUUUUUUUUGUUUUUAUUGAUGAUUAUAACCGAUUAAUCGAUUAUUUUAAAAAAAAUAUUGAUUAUCGAUUAAUCGAGUAAGAUAAAUCAGUCUACCUAAUUUAUCUUUAUCUUAUCUAAUUAUUUUUAUUUCUAUAUCUUUAAGUUAUAUAUAUGAAAGUUUGUGAAUUUAUUAUUGUUCUUGAAUUAUUAAGGAGUUUAUCUAUAUGAAUAACUAUUUAAAUAAAAGUUAUUUUUCCUUUGUUAUGCUUAUCUAUUCUAAAUUUCUUACCUAGGCAUUCAACUUAAUAUUUACAUGUUAAAAAAUAAAUAGUACAUAAAAUAUUAGGUGUUAUAAUUAAUCAAGGCUUAGUAGGCUAAUGUGAUCAAACGUAAUUUAGGUGAGAGGUUACUGAUUUUUAAUGGACGUCCCAUUAAAUUUUUAAGCCUAGUUGGGACGAUAAAGUUUCCUACCUUUUUCCCAAUUUCAUAAUUUGAAUGUAAUAUUUUAUAUUUUUACAAAGAAUAUGAAAACGUCUAAUAAUAUUAAUAUUAGAUUAUCUGCAUUUAUUGCACAUAUGCCAAUAGGGAAAAUUUACAAAGUUGAAAUAUUGACGAGUUAAAUAUUACUAUAGUCUCCCAGGAGAGAAAGGUCCGCUUCUGCGCAUGUUUUCCCCCUCCACAUAGCCGAUUGUCAUUUCUUCCGUCGUCGGUUUAUGACUAUACACCGCUAGGAUAUUUUGUAGAAAUUAAAUUGUUAUUAUUAUCAGACAUCGCGCAUCGCACGUUUAUUUACCUUUGCUGUUUUAUAACCUCUUGAUAAUUUUUCAAAUCGUAAACUAUCGUAUAUACAAGCACAUUCUAUAAUAAUCCAGACUUUGUUUUUUUUGUAUACAUAUUUAUUUAUUUAAUAUCUUAUUGAACACUGUAGGUAUAAUUCAGUAGGUAUGAUACAGUAGGUAUAAUAAAGUAGGUAUAAUACAGUAGGUAUAAUACAGAGAUAUAUAUUUAAUAAAUAAUAAAUAAUUAUAUUAAACAUUUCAUUUUUUAUUCGUUAAAAUUACAAUUUAUCAUUUUUGUCAUAUUGGCGAUAAACAGUGGACUAUCGACAGACAACAGUGCAUUAUUUGAAACGCAGUGUACAAAACCUGUCAAUAGAUCCGGGAGGGAAUAAAUGGAUAGUGUUGCGGCGUGGGGAUGCGCAGUAGCGCUUCGAUUUAGUCGGAGAGCGGACCGUUCUCUCCUGGGACAGACUAUAAUUAGAAUAUUUCUCUGCACCAUCAGUAAUUGAGGUCAACGUACGCCACUGGUAGUAAAAAUUAUAACUUGCCAAAAAAACUUGAAAUCCAAAAAAUGAUUAAAAUCAUAGAUGACUGAAAAAGAGAUGAGCCACAAAAAAAAAAAAUAUGUAAAUACCUAAAGCUUUGAUCAAAUUAUGGAUACAUUGUAUAUUGCUAUUGCAUAUUAUUUUACUUCAUUAUUGUAAAUAACUUAUGAAUAAUUUUAUUCCUAAAAUUGGUCAAUUAUAUAAAAAAAAAAGUUAAUUAUGUGUUUUUUAGAAUUUCGUUUGUGGUUAUAAUUAAAGAUUAAUUAAUUGAUAACAAAUUAAUCGGUUAUUAUAAAUUAUUUUAAGAAUAAUCAACGCGCACCCCUAAUUAGAUAUACUUUCAAAAUUGUUAUUUUGACGUAUUAGCAUGUGACGAUUGUCUCAAAAAUCUAAAUCCUACUCAAACUUGAAAUAUAACUGAGUUAAUUAUAAAUUUUUAAAGCGGAUUUGACAGUUUUCUAAAAUAUAACCUAUUUGUUGGUCUAAAUCCGAUACUACUUCAAAUAAAUUUUUUUAGUUACUAGAGAUCUAAGCGUAAACCUAAAACUUAAGCGAUGAAAAACCACUAUAUAUUUACAUACCGAAGGACCUAACUUGAACAUGAUCUGUCUAUACUCUACCGGAGUAGUUUCUAUAACAACUAAGCUACCAAGGGUUUGACUUCUUACAUUUUUCUUGUGGACUCAAACGAAAUAACGUUGUGAGUUUGGAUAGUAGUUGGUGAAUUACAGUUGAGGAUCGAUGCGGCGCUUAGGGCCCGUACUACGUGCUUUGCAUUUUCAACAGUUUUUGUGUCUAUAGUAUUAAAUAGUAGUAUAAAUUAUAAUUAAUAUUUAUCAUUUAGGGCAAUACCGUGUUGCAUUAUGCGAUUUCUCAUGGAAAUUUUGACGUCGUGUCAACCAUAUUGGACACGUGCGCUUGCAAUGUCAACUUGUCCAAUGAUGCGGGUUAUUCGAGCGUCAUGCUUGUUUCUUUAACCGAAAUAAAAAACAACGAAGAAAUGAAAAUCAUCAAAAGACUAUUCACACUUGGUGAUGUUAACUUGCAAGCCAAAAAAGUUCGUACACACAUUCAAGUUUUCAUUUCGAGUAUUUGUUUAAUUCAAAUAUUUCCAUUAGCAACAAUAAGUUGUUAUUGGUUCAUAUUGAUUAGUUGAAAAAAAACUAAUAGUAUAAUCAUACCCGGCGCAAGUUAUUAAAUUAACGCUUUAGUCUCUUCUGCGUGUACAUUUGUAGUACGGUUUUAUUCCUAUUGAUUUUUAUUUGUUUAUCUUCAAUGAACUCGUUUCAUUUUCAGCACGGUCAGACAACGCUUAUGUUGGCAGUUUCCCACGGUAAAACCGAAAUCGUGAAAUUGCUUUUGGAAUGCGGCGCCGACCUCAACAUGCAGGACGAAGACGGAAGUACUGCUUUAAUGUGUGCUGCCGAACACGGUCUUCAGGAAAUCGUCAAUAUACUGUUGUCUUGUCCCGAGUGCGACGUAUCCAUAGCAGAUAAUGUAUAUAUUAUGUAUAAUGUGUACCUAAUAUUAAGAGAGAAAAUAGUACAGAAAAAACAGUACAUUCAAAAUGAUUUAAGAGUUUUUAUUCAUCAUAUUAUAUGAAAAUAAUAAAACCAUUGUCUACGCUUAACGUGAAAACAAAUUUUUUUUUUUUUAAAAAAUCAAUAUUCUGAUGUUCAAUUAAAUAGAUAUUCUGUUUUAAAAUAAUUUAUAAGCACUACCUAUACCCAUAAUAGCAAAUCAAAAAUAUGGAAGAUAUUUUAAGUAAUUAUUAAUAUCAUUAUAAAAAUCAUCGAUUGAUAGUUAAAUAGUAUGCACAAUAUUAUCAACAACGUGUAUUAUAAUUAUUAUAAUUAAUGUAGGUAUUUUAUUUUUAGAAAUAUUAUUUCGGAGGAUGGGGGUACAGGAUGUGUGGUUGCAUCUCUUAAUUUGUAUAUAGUUUCAACUGGUCUGCUGAAAUAUUAUAUCAUUAGUUAGCUAUAUAAUUAAAAUUAAAUUGCAUUAGAUUCGAAUCAUGGCAAAGGAUUUAUUGGUUUUAUUAUGAUACCUAUGUGUUUUUUUUUUCUGUGUGUUAACAACUUUUUGAUAAGAAAACCUACUCCGAUGUAUCUAGCAUAGGAUCUUUUCUAAAAGAAAAUUGUGUUUAGUACUUUAGUUGGUGUCGUAAGGUUGGUUUCGCUACAUUGCCUGUUAGUUAUUCUGAGAAAGCACAUGUGGGUAUAGCGUCUUUUUAAAUUAUUUUAUUUUAUUUUCAUGUCGCAAUUUUAAAUUUUUUGCGUUUUCGAAACUUUAUAUGCAUUACCUAUUUGUUUUCACAACUAAAUUAUCUAUUAUAUAUUAUAUUUUAUUUUAAAAUUAUUAUUCACUGUUUUUUCAUAUUUAUGUAGCCCAUGGGUAAUGAAAAAAAUGAAUAGCAGAAUAAAGUACAAAUGAAGUAUGUUUAUUAUUAUAUGCAAUUUCAGAAUAACCUGCCUAAAAUCUCGUACACUUGAUAAAAAUACUGAAUGUGAUUUUUGAAGUAUUCAACUCUCAACUAGCUCGAAUAUAAAAUAAUAAUUUUUAAUCCAACACUGUUAAUAUAGUAUAUUAUAUUAGGGCAUUCUUAAUUUUUAGAUCACGAUCCUAAGAAAAAAAUUAAUAUACAACAAUUUUGAACUACAGAUUUUUAUUUUAAUGCCAGAUGAAGUCCCACGGGAGUUGUACAUUUUUCCCAAUUAAAAUACUCAUGUUUUUAUGAUUUUUAAGACUUUAAUUUUUCCCUAUGCCUAGUAUAUUUGAUAAAAUUCUUAACUGAUAAGAAUCGACUAACAAAUAAGACACAUAAGGGAAAAAACUAAUUGUGUUGAUGUUUUUGUUUUUUUACUAUCAAAAUUAUUAAUAUAAGUUCUGUAGUUAGCCACUUUCUAGAAAUUUAGGGCUUUUUAAGAUACACAGAAUAUAGAGACAAAUUAGUGGCUUAAACAUUGUAAAAACACAUGUACUCGUAAUUUAAAAGGAAAAAUCCAACUCCCGUGGUGUACUACUUAGCUUUUAAACAAAUUACAAGAUUUUUAAAAAUUUUUUUCACUUAGGAACUUUGAACUCCAGAAAAACUGAAAUAAGAAACGCUCUAGCCUAAAGUAGACUAGAGUCUAUAUGGUGUAUACAGUGAUGUAUUAUUGUAAUAUUCGGUUGUUUAUUGUUUUAACAUAGAAAAUUACUAAAAUAGUUGAGAGAAAAUUUGACUUUAGUAACGGAGUUCUAUUGUACAUGGGUUUUUUUUUUUUUUAAUUGCAAGUAUUAGGAAAAAAAUAUUGUUUGUAAAUAACAAUUAUAUCAUAGAAAAAGUGAAAUAUUUGUGUCUGUCAAGAUUUUACCGGCAUGUUUGUUUGUGGAUUUCUAAAGCGUGAGUGCUCUAUCAAAAUAUAGGAAAUUCCUGGAAAAAUAUUUAUACUAGUUAUACAGUCCAAGCAUAGUUUGCCGGUGCUAACUUAACGGACAUUAAAUAUUUGAAUAAUUAUAUUAGUCUUUAAUAAAGUAUUAAUAUUUUAACGUUGUUUUUAUUAUCGUUUUAAUAUUGUAUCUACUUAUUGGUUUUUCCUCGACGAACUCUAUUUACGAUAUAUAAACAGAAUUUUUUAAAAAAAACUGGUUUUUAUUAUUUUUAUGCAGGACGGAAGCACAGCUCUAAGUAUCGCAAUGGAAGCUGGACACAAGGAAAUCGGCAUAGCUUUGUACGCUAAACAACACAUAUUAUCCCGAGAAAACUCGCCGUUCAAUUUAUCGAAAACUAAAAGAUCAAGAAGUGCCAACAACGUGAUGCCGUCCAACAUGUCUUACUCGCAUUUGUCCUUGAAGAAAUCGCCAAGUUUACAACCCAGAGAAUAUGCUACGCUUUCUUCCAUGCUAAAAACUAGGACUCCAUAAUAUAAUUAUCAUUUUUUUUUUUAUAUAACCGUCAUACCUAGAAUUAAAAUUGUUUUUAUUUAUUUACUUACAUGUACGUUUUUUUUACUGUUGUUCGUCCGGUAGUAUUAUUUUAACUAUCCGUGUUUUUUUAGUGAUAAUCAUCAUUAGGUAUACAAUAAUUUAUUAAAAUAGCAUAGAUAUUAUAACCGUACAGGUAUAGGAACGUUAAAAUAUUCUUGUAACAGCGGUAAACCAUUAUGAUGAUUGUACUAUCAUCGUCAAAGUUUUCAUUAUUUGUUUUUUUUUUUCAAUGUAUUUGCAACAUUAUAUUAUAUAGUAUUAUCUCUUAUCUUGAUCCGGUUAUGAUCCAAUAUGUGACUUAUCGUUGAAAUUUUACGUAAAUAUGUGAUCUACCUACUAUCGUAAUUUGAUCAUCUACAUUUUAUGGAAACGUCGAUCUAAGAUCCUUCAAAGAUAGGUAUUCUUAUUAUUUACGAUGUAAGAAAUGCUAGUAUUUAAAUGAGAGAGCGUGCCGGGUCUGCGCAUCGUUCAUCGACUAAUCGGGUCAUCGUAUUCCCUCCAUUUAUUCAAAUUUCCUUGCCGACAACGAUGGGUAUACGCAGAGCUGAUCAAUUUUCGUUAUCGCGCGGCAUGUUCUCUGGUGGGACUAUAAUAUAGUGUAUAUUAGUUAUAUUUAUAUAUUAGUAUAUAUUAUAUACUAAUGUAAACUAAUAUAUUAUAUUAGUGUUAUGUAUAUCAGCAUUUUUGAAACUUGUUUUCGCAUCUUUUUUAAAAAGAAAGGGUUUACUAUUUGAAAAUCAAAAUUGAAUACACAUUUAAGGUACAUUAACUCAAGGAUUACGGAUAAGGAUUUGGUAAAUAAUAAUAUUAGAAAAAAUAAUACCUAAACAAUUUCAUAGUUAUUCAAAACAAAAUGAAAUUUACUUAAAUGAAAUAGAAAAUUUGAGAAAAAUGAGUUAUUGGGUAUUAAAUCUUUAGCAACUAUUCCUAAAUUAAACGACAACAUAAUAAGUUAAAAAUUCCAUAAUUUUUCACGUUUUUGGUUUUCGUUAAUAGAUUAUAGUAUAUUAUUAAAAUAAUAUAGUAACGUAAGUUAGUAUAGAUAGUAAGUUAAUAUGUUUAUUAAAUUAAGCGUAAUAUCUGUACUUUAUCAGUACUGUAAUAAUUAAGCCAUAAAAUAAUUGAAUCAUUAAACACAUGUCAUAAUUAGAUGUAUAUUUAAUAUUUACUGUAUUAAUUAGACUCAAAUAUUGUGCAAAUUUAUGUUUUUUUUUUUUUUGAAAUUUUUUAUUAUUUAUAUUAAUUGAUAAAAUUAAUAAUAUUUUAACACAAAAAUUGAGUUAUAUCAAAAUGAUCAACCUGUAUAAGUAUAGUUCUUAUUAAGUAAACAUGAUUUUACUUUUUAAUUGUGUACAUUAUACAUAUUGUAUCUACACAGAACGUGAUAGCAUGAAGCAUGUAAACAUUUUUAAAAUAUAAAUUUUAGAAAUAAUUUAUAUAAAAAUUAAAUAGUCU